AUGACCAGUCGCUGCUCCCGCCUCAACCUCCUGCUGCAGGUGAAUAUUGCUGCCUGGUGUAGCUACUUGAUGUACUGCCUUUAUAUAUGGGCUAGUAAGAGAGAAUAAUGAAAACAACAGUAGAAAUACCGUUCAAAAGUUUGGGGUCACUUAGAAAUGUCCUUGUUUUACAUGAAAACAUACAUGAAAUGGGUUUGAAUAGGAAAUAUAGCAAAAUGAAUACGAAAUGUAGUCAUUGACAAGGUUAGAAAUAAUUAUUUUAAUAUAAAUAAUAAUUGUGUCCUUCAAACUUUGCUUUCGUCAAAUAAUCCUCCAUUUGCAGCAAUUACAGCCUUGCAGACCUUUGGCAUUCUAGUUGUCAAUUUGUUGAGGUAAUCUGAAGAGAUUUCACCCCAUGCUUCCUGAAGCACCUCCCACAAGUUGGAGUGGCUUGAUGGGCACUUCUUAUGUACCAUACAGUCAAGCUGCUCCCACAACAGCUCAAUAAGGUUGAGAUCCGGUGACUGUGCUGGCCACUCCAUUAUAGACAGAAUACCAGCUGACUGCUUCUUCCCUAAAUAGUUAUUGCAUAGUUUGGAGCUGUGCUUUGGGCCAUUGUCCUGUUGUAGGAGGAAAUUGGCUCCAAUCAAGCGCAGUCCACAGGGUAUGGCAUGGCGUUGCAAAAUGGAGUGAUAGCGUUCCUUUUUUUUAGGGGGUAGGUCAGUUUUAAUAUUGCAGAUAGAUUGUAACUUCCAUCAAUGUAAUUGUCUGCAUCACUUCCAAUCCCCCAUGUUUUUUUUAAUUUCUCGCAUAUAUAUAUAUAUAUAUAUAUAUAUAUAUACACAGUGGGGAGAACAAGUAUUUGAUACACUGCCGAUUUUGCAGGUUUUCCUACUUACAAAGCAUGUAGAGGUCUGUAAUUUUAUCAUAGGUACACUUCAACUGUGAGAAACGGAAUCUAAAACAAAAAUCCAGAAAAUCACAUUGUAUGAUUUUUAAGUAAUUAAUUUGCAUUUUAUUGCAUGACAUAAGUAUUUGAUCACCUACCAACCAGUAAGAAUUCCGUCUCUCACAGACCUGUUAGUUUUUCUUUAAGAAGCCCUCCUGUUCUCCACUCAUUACCUGUAUUAACUGCACCUGUUUGAACUCGUUACCUGUAUAAAAGACACCUGUCCACACACUCAAUCAAACAGACUCCAACCUCUCCACAAUGGCCAAGACCAGAGAGCUGUGUAAGGACAUCAGGGAUAAAAUUGUAGACCUGCACAAGGCUGGGAUGGGCUACAGGACAAUAGGCAAGCAGCUUGGUGAGAAGGCAACAACUGUUGGCGCAAUUAUUAGAAAAUGGAAGAAGUUCAAGAUGACGGUCAAUCACCCUCGGUCUGGGGCUCCAUGCAAGAUCUCACCUCGUGGGGCAUCAAUGAUCAUGAGGAAGGUGAGGGAUCAGCCCAGAACUACACGGCAGGACCUGGUCAAUGACCUGAAGAGAGCUGGGACCACAGUCUCAUAGAAAACCAUUAGUAACACACUAUGCCGUCAUGGAUUAAAAUCCUGCAGCGCACGCAAGGUCCCCCUGCUCAAGCCAGCGCAUGUCCAGGCCCGUCUGAAGUUUACCAAUGACCAUCUGGAAGAUCCAGAGGAGGAAUGGGAGAAGAUCAUGUGGUCUGAUGAGAAAAAAAUAGAGCUUUUUGGUCUAAACUCCACUCGCCGUGUUUGGAGGAAGAAGAAGGAUGAGUACAACCCCAAGAACACCAUCCCAACCGUGAAGCAUGGAGGUGGAAACAUCAUUCUUUGGGGAUGCUUUUCUGCAAAGGGGACAGGACGACUGCACCAUAUUGAGGGGAGGAUGGAUGGGGCCAUGUAUCGCGAGAUCUUGGCCAACAACCUCCUUCCCUCAGUAAGAGCAUUAAAGAUGGGUCGUGGCUGGGUCUUCCAGCAUGACAACGACCCGAAACACACAGCCAGGGCAACUAAGGAGGGGCUCCGUAAGAAGCAUCUCAAGGUCCUGGAGUGGCCUAGCCAGUCUCCAGACCUGAACCCAAUAGAACAUCUUUGGAAGGAGCUGAAAGUCCGUAUUGCCCAGCGACAGCCCCGAAACCUGAAGGAUCUGGAGAAGGUCUGUAUGGAGGAGUGGGCCAAAAUCCCUGCUGCAGUGUGUGCAAACCUGGUCAAGACCUACAGGAAACGUAUGAUCUCUGUAAUUGCAAACAAAGGUUUCUGUACCAAAUAUUAAGUUCUGCUUUUCUGAUGUAUCAAAUACUUAUGUCAUGCAAUAAAAUGCAAAUUAAUUACUUAAAAAUCAUACAAUGUGAUUUUCUGGAUUUUUGUUUUAGAUUCCGUCUCUCACAGUUGAAGUGUACCUAUGAUAAAAAUUACAGACCUCUACAUGCUUUGUAAGUAGGAAAACCUGCAACAUCGGCAGUGUAUCAAAUACUUGUUCUCCCCACUGUGUAUGUGUAUAUAUAUAUUUAUAUAUAUAUAUAUAUAUAUAUACACACACAUACAUAUACAUUUCCUUUUUUAAAAUAUAUUUCCCUUUAUUACUUUCCAACCCCACCACCCCUUCCCUAAUUGGAGUAAACUAGUGAACAACAAUGCUUAGGCCUCUACUUCCAGCUUAUACAUACUAUAUACAUUUUAUGGACACAGUCAAUUUUACAAUAAUUCUAUUUUGUUUGUUUUUACUCCUGAACUUCCUCUACCCUCAACCUCUCCGAUCAUUUUCAUGAUGUCCAUCCGGUUUGCUUCUAUAUGCCAUAUCUUUCUAACUGUGCUCUUUCACAAAAGCUCUCAACCUAUAACCUAUAUACUUAUUAUGGACACAGUAUGCUUACAUUAUUAGUUAUAUUGUUGUUAUUAGUCCCAUCCUUCAACUCCAUUCAACACCACCCAUCUAUCUCUUAACACCGUCCAAAUUGGAUUUCUAUUUGCCAUAUAUUUUUCAACUGUACUGUGAUGUUUUACAAAAGUUCUGAACCUUUCUAUUCUCAUUGUUUCUACAGAUUGUAAAUUGAAAAUAAACAUUUUUGCUAAGUAUUAUAAUAUUAUUGAUCGAUUGACUAUGACUUUUCAGAUCACCCAGUAAUGCUAUCUGCAGGGUUAAUAUUGCAAUCCUUUAGCCAUUCCUGGACCUGCGUCCAAAAACAAGCAACAAAUUGACAGUACCAAAACAAAUGAUCUAAUGAUUCGGUCUCUUCACAGCAAAAUCUGCAGAGCUGGGAAGAUUGUAUCCCCCAUAUAAAUAACAUUCUAUUGGUUGCAAGAAUUUUGUUUUGAAUCCGGCGUCGUUUUGUGUAUCAGUUCAUAAACACUAUGCCAUGGGAUCGGUACAUCAAAAAUCUCUUCCCAACUAUUUUGCAAUCUAUAUGGGGUGGCUGUCAAUCCUUUGGUCCUUAAAUGAAACUGGUAUACUUGGUUAUUUAUCACAGUUUUCUUUAACCAAUUAUGUUCUUUAAUGCAAGGCCGACAAAUAAGUUCCUUACAUUUUCCCCCUUCCACUUUCCUCUUCCAUUUUUGCGGUAAUGCUGCAAUUAUUUGGUUGUAAUUUUGGGUAGAGCAGACAUUUCCAUAUGUUUUUGUUAGCUGCAUGUGCGACAUAACUCCACCAGUCCUACCGAUGAUAUCAUUUACGAAGAUUAUAGCUUUUUUAAAACAUUUAGUCAAUUUUGUUUAGUUUUUUAUCAAUUAGUAUAUUUGAGUUUAACCAUUAUUUGUUCUGUCGUUUCUGGAGGAUUAAAUUGAAAUUGCAACCAACUUUCUAUGGCUUGUUUUAGAAAUAGUGAUAUUUGGGAGAUUAUUUCCUUUUCAAAUAACUGAAAGUGUGAGGUUGUAAUCUGAAUAAAGGGGAAAAGGCCAUUCUUGAACAUGGGGACAAUCUUACUAAUUUGCUGGAGAACCAGUUCGGAUUUAAGUAUAACGUUUGUAUGACUGAAGCUUUUAGUGAUAGGUCUAAUGCUUUAAUAUUUAAUAAUUUCUGUCCUCCGAAUUCAUAUUCAUUAUAAAAAUAGGCCCGUUUAAUUUUGUCUGGCUUGCCGUUCCAAAUAAAAUGGAAUACUUUUUUCUCAUAUAAUUUAAAAAACUGUUCGCUAGGCGUAGGCAAGACCAUGAGCAAAUAGGUAAACUGGGAUAAUACUAAAGAGUUAUUCAGGGUGAUUUUCCGACAAAUAGACAGGUAUUUACCUUUCCAUGGUAGCAAGAUCUUAUCUAUUUUUGUUACCUUUCUAUUAAAAUUUAUUGGAGUGAGAUCAUUUAUUUCAUUUGGGAUAUUUAUUCUUAGUAUAUCCACAUAACCAUCAGACCAUUUUAUUGGUAAACUACAUGGUAAUGUACAUUUUUUAUUUUUUAGGGAUACAAUACGUAAUAUAGUACAUUUAUCAUUACAUUUACGUCAUUUAGCAGACGCUCUUAUCCAGAGCGACUUACAAAUUGGUGCAUUCACCUUAUAGCCAGUGGGAUAACCACUUUACAAUGUUUUAUUUAAAUGUAUUUUUUUUUUUUUUUUUUUUUGGGGGGGGUUGGGGUAAGGGGGGUAGAAGGAUUACUUUAUCCUAUCCCAGGUAUUCCUUAAAGAGGUGGGGUUUCAAAUGUCUCCGGAAGGUGGUGAGUGACUCCGCUGUCCUGGCGUCGUGAUGGAGCUUGUUCCACCAUUGGGGUGCCAGAGCAGCGAACAGUUUUGACUGGGCUGAGCGGGAACUAUGCUUCCGCAGAGGUAGGGGAGCCAGCAGGCCAGAGGUGGAUGAACGCAAUGCCCUCGUUUGGGUGUAGGGACUGAUCAGAGCCUGAAGGUACGGAGGUGCCGUUCCCCUCACAGCUCCGUAGGCAAGCACCAUGGUCUUGUAGCAGAUGCGAGCUUCAACUGGAAGCCAGUGGAGUGUGCGGAGGAGCGGGGUGACGUGAGAGAACUUGGGAAGGUUGAACACCAGACGGGCUGCGGCAUUCUGGAUGAGUUUAAUGGCACAAGCAGGGAGCCCAGCCAACAGCGAGUUGCAGUAAUCCAGACGGGAGAUGACAAGUGCCUGGAUUAGGACCUGUGCCGCUUCCUGUGUAAGGCAGGGUAGUACUCUCCGAAUGUUGUAGAGCAUGAACCUACAGGAUCGGGUCACCGCCUUGAUGUUAGCGGAGAACGACAGGGUGUUGUCCAGGGUCACGCCAAGGCUCUUCGCACUCUGGGAGGAGGACACAACGGAGUUGUCAACCGUGAUGGCGAGAUCAUGGAACAGGCAGUCCUUCCCCGGGAGGAAGAGCAGCUCCGUCUUGCCAAGGUUCAACUUGAGGUGGUGAUCCGUCAUCCAUACUGAUAUGUCUGCCAGACAUGCAGAGAUGCGAUUCGCCACCUGGUUAUCAGAAGGGGGAAAGGAGAAGAUUAGUUGUGUGUCGUCUGCGUAGCAAUGAUAGGAGAGGCCAUGUGAGGAUAUGACAGAGCCAAGUGACUUGGUGUAUAGCGAGAAUAGGAGAGGGCCUAGAACUAAGCCCUGGGGGACACCAGUGGUGAGAGCACGUGGUGCGGAGACAGCUUCUCGCCACGCCACUUGGUAGGAGCGACCGGUCAGGUAGGACGCAAUCCAAGAGUGAGCCGCGCCGGAGAUGCCCAGCUCAGAGAGGGUGGAGAGGAGGAUCUGAUGGUUCACAGUAUCAAAGGCAGCAGACAGGUCUAGAAGGACAAGAGCAGAGGAGAGAGAGUUAGCUUUAGCAGUGCGGAGAGCCUCCGUGACACAGAGAAGAGCAGUCUCAGUUGAAUGACCAGUCUUGAAACCUGACUGGUUUGGAUCAAGAAGGUAAUUCUGAGAGAGAUAGCAAGAGAGUUGGCCAAAGACGGCACGCUCAAUAGUUUUGGAGAGAAAAGAAAGAAGGGAUACUGGUCUGUAGUUGUUGACAUCAGUGUUGUUUUUUUGAGAAGGGGUGCAACUCUCGCUCUCUUGAAGACGGAAGGGACAUAGCCAGCGGUCAAGGAUGAGUUGAUCAGCGAGGUGAGGUAAGGGAGAAGGUCACCGGAGAUGGUCUGGAGAAGAGAGGAGGGGAUAGGGUCAAGCGGGCAGGUUGUUGGGCGGCCUGCCGUCACAAGUUGCAAGAUUUUAUCUGGAGAGAGGGGAGAAAGAAGUCAAAGCAUAGGGUAGGGCAGUGUGAGCAGGACCAGCAGUGUCAUUUGACUUAACAAACGAGGAUCGGAUGUCGUCAACCUUCUUUUCAAAAUGGUUGACGAAGUCAUCCACAGAGAGGGAGGGGGGGGGGGGGGGGGAGGAGGAUUCAGCAGGGAGGAGAAUGUGGCAAAGAGCUUCCUAGGGUUAGAGGCAGAUGCUUGGAAUUUAGAGUGGUAGAAAGUGGCCUUAGCAGCAGAAACAGAUGAAGAAAAUGUAGAGAGGAGGGAGUGAAAAGAUGCCAGGUCCGCAGGGAGUCUAGUUUUCUUCCAUUUCCGCUCAGCUGCCCGGAGCUCUGUUCUGUGAGCUUGCAAUGAGUCAUCAAGCCACGGAGCUGGAGGGGAGGACCGAGCCGGCCGGGAGGAUAGGGGACAUGGAGAGUCAAAGGAUGCAGAAAGGGAGGAGAGGGGGGUUGAGGAGGCAGAAUCAGGAGAUUGGAGGGAGAAGGAUUGAGCAGAGGGAAGAGAUGAUAGGAUAGAAGAGGAGAGAGUAGCGGGAGAGGGAGAGCGAAGGUUGCGACGGCGCAUUACCAUCUGUGUAGGGGCAGAGUGAGUAGUGUUGGAGGAGAGCGAGAGAGAAAAUAAUUUGGUUAUAAUCCAGAGAGGUUAGAAAAUGAAUCUAGAUCUUCUAUGAGGCUGUGGAGGGAUUCAAGUUGGGGAUUUAAAAGAAAACAUGAAUCAUCAGGAUACAAUGACACCUUUGUUUUUAAGCCCUGGAUUUCUAAUCCUUUGAUAUUAUUGUUGGAUCUGAUUUUAAUAGCUAACAUAUUGAUGACCAAAAUAAAUAGAAAUGCCGAUAGUAGACAACCUUGUUUCACUCCUCUUGGCGGUUUAAAACUUUCUGAGAAAUAGCCAUUAUUUACUAUUUUACACCUAGGGUUACUAUACAUGAUUUUAACCCAUUUUAUAAGAGAUUCUCCAAAAUUGAAAUGCUCCAGGCAUUUAUAUAUAAAUCCCAGUCAUACUUUAUCAAAUGCCUUUUCGAAGUAUGCUAUGAAUAGUAGGCCUGGUUUCCCAGAUUUUUCAUAGUGUUGUAUUGUUUCCAGUACUUGUUUUAUAUUAUCUCCAAUAUAUCUUCCAUGUAAAAAACCUGUCUGAUUAGAAUGAAUAAUGUCCGACAAUACCUUUUUAAUUCUGUGAGCUAUACAUUUUGCUAGAAUUUUUGCAUCACAACAGUGAAGUGUAAGGGGCCUCCAAUUUUUUUAAACGACUGGAUCUUUAUAUUUUCCACUUGUAUCCUGUUUCAGUAAUAAUGAAAUCAGACCUUCUUCUUGAGUGUCUGAUAAUCUACUAUUUACAUAGGAGUGGUUAAAACAUGAUAAUAACGGUCCUCUGAGUAUAUCAAAAAAGGUUUGGUAUACCUCGACUGGUAUGCCAUCCAACCCUGGAGUAUUCCUGGAUUUAGUCUUUAAUUGCAUCCAGAAGUUCCUCCUCUGUAAUUUCACCUUCACAUGAGUCUUUCUGUAUGGCUGUUAAUUUUACAUUAUCAAUAGAAAAAACAUCUCUACAAUUUAGCUUCAGUUAGAGGAGAUGGAGGCGACUGAAACGAAAACAUAUGCUUAAAGUACUUUGUUUCCUCCUUCAAAAUAUAAUUUGGUGAAUCAUGGUUGACUCUGUCAUUUGUAACCAGUUUCAGUAAAUUAUUUUUGGUAGCAUUCCUAUGUUGAAGAUUAAAAAAGAUUUUGCUGCAUUUUUCCCCAUAUUCCAUCCAGUUUGCUUUAUUAUGAUAAUAUAUUACACUUGAUCUUUCUUGAAUAAGUUUCUCCAUUUCUUUUUGCUUUUCCUCUAAUUUAUUCUGAGCCUCUGUUACAGUUUUUAUUGCUGUCUGUUCUGUUAGACCUUCUAUUUCCUUUGUUAGUAUGGACUCUUUUGACCUAAAUUGCUUUUGUUUUCGAGAUGAGUACUGAAUUGCAUGGCCUUUAAAAGCACAUUUAAAGGUGUCCCAUACAAUAAGGGGAUUUGCUGGACCUAUGUUGUGUUGGAAAAAAUCAGUUAUGAAUUCCUCUGUCCUAGUUAAAAACAAGUUAUCAUCCAAUAGGCUUUGAUUACAUUUCCAAUAUCCUCGCCCACGUGGAAAUUCAGUAAGAGUAAUGUAUAUGCUAAUUAUGAUGGUCCGACCGCAUUCUUUCCCCUAUCAAUACUUUUUAAACUUUUGGUGCCAACGAGAAUGACAUAAGAAAGAAGUCAAGACGACUAGCUUGAUUGUCUCCGCCAUGUAUUUCUCACUAGAUCAGGAUAUUUAAGCCUCCAUAUACAGUGGGGAGAACAAGUAUUUGAUACAUUGCCGAUUUUACAGGUUUUGCUACUUACAAAGCAUGUAGAGGUCUGUCAUUUUUAUCAUAUGUACACUUCAACUGUGAGAGACGGAAUCUAAAACGAAAAUCCAGAAAAUCACAUUGUAUGAUUUUUAAGUAAUUAAUUUGCAUUUUAUUGCAUGACAUAAGUAUUUGAUACAUCAGAAAAGCAGAACUUAAUAUUUGGUACAGAAACUUUGUUUGCAAUUACAGAGAUCAUACGUUUCCUGUAGGUCUUGACCAGGUUUGCACACACUGCAGCAGGGAUUUUGGCCCACUCCUCCAUACAGACCUUCUCCAGAUCCUUCAGGUUUCGGGGCUGUCGCUGGGCAAUACGGACUUUCAGCUCCCUCCAAAGAUGUUCUAUUGGGUUCAGGUCUGGAGACUUGCUAGGCCACUCCAGGACCUUGAGAUGCUUCUUACGGAGCCCCUCCUUAGUUGCCCUGGCUGUGUGUUUCGGGUCGUUGUCAUGCUGGAAGACCCAGCCACGACCCAUCUGCAAUGCUCUUACUGAGGGAAGGAGGUUGAUGGCCAAGAUCUCGCGAUACAUGGCCCCAUCCAUCCUCCCCUCAAUACGGUGCAGUUGUCCUGUCCCCUUUGCAGAAAAGCAUCCCCAAAGAAUGAUGUUUCCACCUUCAUGCUUCACGGUUGGGAUGGUGUUCUUGGGGUUGUACUCAUCCUUCUUCUUCCUCCAAACAUGGCGAGUGGAGUUUAGACCAAAAAACUAUAUUUUUGUCUCAUUAGACCACAUGACCUUUCCCAUUCCUCCACUGGAUCGUCCAGAUGGUCAUUGGCAAACUUCAGACGGGCCUGGACAUGCGCUGGCUUGAGCAGGGGGACCUUGCGUGCGCUGCAGGAUUUUAAUCCAUGACGGCGUAAUGUGUUACUAAUGGUUUUCUUUGAGACUGUGGUCCCAGCUCUCUUCAGGUCAUUGACCAGGUCUUGCCGUGUAGUUCUGGGCUGAUCCCUCACCUUCCUCAUGAUCAUUGAUGCCCCACGAGGUGAGAUCUUGCAAAGAGCCCCAGACCGAGGGUGAUUGACCGUCAUCUUGAACUUCUUCCAUUUUCUAAUAAUUGCGCCAACAGUUGUUGCCUUCUCACCAAGCUGCUUGCCUAUUGUCCUGUAGCCCAUCCCAGCCUUGUGCAGGUCUACAAUUUUAUCCCUGAUGUCCUUACACAGCUCUCUGGUCUUGGCCAUUGUGGAGAGGUUGGAGUCUGUUUGAUUGAGUGUGUGGACAGGUGUCUUUUAUACAGGUAACGAGUUCAAACAGGUGCAGUUAAUACAGGUAAUGAGUGGAGAACAGGAGGGCUUCUUAAAGAAAAAUGAACAGGUCUGUGAGAGCCGGAAUUCUUCCUGGUUGGUAGGUGAUCAAAUACUUAUGUCAUGCAAUAAAAUGCAAAUUAAUUACUUAAAAAUCAUACAAUGUGAUUUUCUGGAUUUUUGUUUUAGAUUCCGUCUCUCACAGUUGAAGUGUACCUAUGAUAAAAAUUACAGACCUCUACAUGCUUUGUAAGUAGGAAAACCUGCAAAAUCGGCAGUGUAUCAAAUACUUGUUCUCCCCACUGUAUCUACUAGUUCUAAUGCAUCCAUGACAUUCAUGAUUUCCAUAAGAGCGUGAGGUGAUUGUUUGUAGUGUGAUUUCCUUUAUGGUCCAUUGAGCUAUUUAAAACGGUAUUAUAAUCCCCCACCAUAAUAAUAGAGUCUUGAAUUGCUUGCAGGGUUGAUAAUUUAUUAUAUAUAUUGUCAAAGAAGUGUGGAUCAUCAUUAUUUGGUCCGUAAAGGUUGAUGAGCCAUAUCUGUUUAUGGUCCAAUAACAUAUUUAAAAUAAUCUACCUUGCGUAUCUGUUUGGACAAUUUGCACAUUCAUCUAGAAUUGUUGAAUGAGUUUCCUGUAAACAAUAGAUAUUAUAUUCCUUCUCUUUGAGCCAUGUAAAUAUUGUUCUUCUUUUGUUAUCAUCUGCUAAGCCAUUACAAUUAUAAAUGGCUAUACUUAUUUCGCCAUAUACCUUAAUGAGAUACAAGUUCCCGAGAGGCCAGGACCCUUCCAUCGAAAACAGCACACAGUGCCACCCACAAAACAGAAGCAGGUCAACCGCCAAAAGCAUUUCCAAUGCUCUCACCUCAAAAAUAUAUAUCUAUUCAAAUAUCUUGCAUAUCUUAUUUUCCAGCAUUAUCAAUUAAUAUGCGUAAUAAUGUUGGCAGUUCAUGCAUAGGAUUUUUGUUUUGUUGCAAACAGUUAUUGUGGUUCAUCCUAUAUUCUCCCUAACAUCCUUACCCCCCUUGCAACAGAUGUGGAAUAAACACACAUGCACAUACUCUAACACACUCAACCCCUUUCCUCCACAAUCAACCAUAAAAUCAGAUGCUCAACGGUUGUUACAUCCCAGAGCCCAACUCAAGAAAGGACCUGAUUUACGAAUGCAUAUACGAAUGCAUAUACAGUUACAGCUGUUUGGGAAAGCAUGCAAGAUUGAGCAAAAAUUGACAACAAUGUGAGAUUUGAUUAAUCUAUUUAAUAUAUGUCAAGUCCUAGGUGAUGGAGAUCAGAUCCACCCUCUUCACCUGAGACACAAACACUCUGGUCCCCCGUUGUAACCAUUUUCCCCAAGCAUCUCCGUGCAGUCAGACCUUUGAUUAUUUUAUGGCACUUGAGCCCCCUCUCUUAUUGUCCGAGUGUGACCCCCUCCCCAUGGGUUACUGCAGCCAGUGUUGCCAGCACUGCCUCUACCUGGUUAAAGGUACCCCACCGGAAUCCCCACCGGCUAGGUACAAGGUCGUCAAGGUUGUCAUUAGCAGCUUUUGAGAAUUUCCUUGUAUAUUAUGCUCUCCCAUCAGGGGGCUCUGGCUUUGUAGGACCAACCCUGCCAGGCAGGCUCAGAAUCUUGAGGGGCGGCGCUGCUCAAGUAGGUCUCUGACCGCAUUUAUUUUUUUGUUUUGGCUGCAUAUAGUCAACUCACAGCAGGUCCAUAAAAUAGAUGGGGACUUCUCUUUGGUGUAUGGGUUGCUCAGGUGGGUGUCUAGGAUUUAGGGUUGGGGAUCGUUCCAUCAUGAUAGGACAAUAAAAAAUAAAUAAUUAGAUGUAUACUAUGUUUUAAAAUGUAUAUCCCUCAUCUGCACAACAUUGAAAGCUCUCUCUCACAACCCCUGCUCACAGACACACGUUGGUUCUGGGAUAUGCAACCAUUUCCUUUCUCAAUCACUUAAAGCCACACUUAUUCAAACACAAAAACGCACACCACCUUCCAUCACAAUUCAUCCACACAUACCCACAUACUGUGCCUUCUAUGUCUUCUGUUUGCUAUGUUUUAAUCUCCACUAUGUUGAUUGAGUACUUAUGUUCUAAUUUAGUUGUAUUUGAAGAUGUAUUAUUUUGCUUGUUAUCUUUACUUGUAAUACCGUCUUUUCCCUUUUUAUAGAAUACUAUACCUACUAUAAAUGUGCUUUAUUAUUACAAUCCGUACCAUGGCUAGUAUUGGGUGUUCCAUUAUUCGACUCCUCUAUUAGAACUUUCAGAAUAGCCAUGGAGUAGUCUUUGUGUCGCGGAACAUUUGGUUGUCAAUAUACAGUUUAUCGACAACAAGAGCAACACGCUUCCCUUUUGGUCUAUUUUCCUUGAAGAUUUGGUACAGAACUUUGCGCCGUUCUGCAAUCUCCCUCGGGAACUGAUAAUUCAUGCCUAUUUUCAUGCCAGCAAGUCUUUUACCUAGGCUUUUAACCAUUACUUUAUUUUUAGUUUUUUUGUAUCGCUCUCCAUUAUCACAGCUUUUCCGUCACUCAUUUCAAGACUCACCUUCAACUCUUUUACAUCAUUACUGACCAACUGUAGUAUGCCCAGUUUGUCAUUUAUUGACUUCAACAAGUCGCUUUCCACACUUACCAGUCCCAAUGGUGAAAAGCAUAAAUCUUCUGUAUCAGUCGAGGAGUCGCGUUUUCUCUUGGAGAUUGAUUCUCCUCGUUUAUCUCCCGUCAUGUUUGGGUGUUGCGUAUUGUUGUAAUAUUUGUUGAUACAUUUCUCUAGUCUUAUAAUUUGUUUUGUGUUAUUAUCCAGAUUGAAUGUUAUUACCCUCGAAUAUAUGAAAUGUUAAUAUUUAGUAUAACUUACUGAUAUUGAAUAUCUUGAGUGAUAGCCUUCCCUCUUCAAGAUCCCUUUUACCCUGUACAAAUCUCCUACUUUACCACCACCAAAGCACCCACAGACCAUCACAUUGCCUCCACCAUGUUUGACAGAUGGCAUCAAGCACUCCUCCAGCAUCUUUUCAUUUGGUUUGCGUCUCACAAAUGUUCUUCUUUGUGAUCCGAACACCUCAAACUUCGAUUCGUCUGUCCAUAACACUUUUUUCCCAAUCUUCCUCUGUCCAGUGUCUGUGUUCUUUUGCCCAUCUUAAUCUUUUCUUUUUAUUGGCCAGUCUGAGAUAUGGCUUUUUCUUUGCAACUCUGCCUAGAAGGUCAGCAUCCCGGAGUCGCCUCUUCACUGUUGACUUUGAGACUUUUUUUUUGUGGGUACUAUUUAAUGAAGCUGCCAGUUGAGGACCUGUGAGGUGUCUGUUUCUCAAACUAGACACUAAUGUAUUUGUCCUCAUGCUCAGUUGUGCACCGUGGCCUCCCACUCCUCUUUCUAUUCUGGUUAGAGCUGUUCUGUGAAGGGAGUAGUACACAGCGUUGUACGAGAUCUUCAGUUUCUUGGCAAUUUCUCACAUGGAAUAGCCUUCAUUUCUCAGAACAAGAAUAGACUGACGAGUUUCAGAAGAAAGUUAUUUGUUUCUGGCCAUUUUGAGCCUGUAAUCGAACCCACAAUUGCUGAUGCUCCAGAUACUCAACUAGUCUCAAGAAGGCCAGUUUUAUUGCUUCUUUAAUCAGCACAACAGGUUUCAGCUGUGCUAACAUCAUUGCAAAAGGGUUUUCUAAUGAUCAAUUAGCCUUUUAAAAUGAUAAACUUGGAUUAGCAAACACAACGUGCCAUUGGAACACAGGAGUGAUGGUUGCUGAUAAUGGGCGUCUGUACGCCUAUGUAGAUAUUCCAUUAGAAAUCAGCCGUUUACAGCUACAAUAGCCAUUUACAACAUUAACAAUGUCUACACUUUAUUUCUGAUCAAUUUGAUGUUAUUUUAAUGGAUAAAAAAAUUGCUUUUCUUUCAAAAACAAGGACAUUUCUAAGUGACCCCAAACUUUUGAACGGUAGUGUACAUACUCCUAAUCAUUUGGUUAUAAACUAGCUAGCUACUAAUAUAGCUACUUAGCUAAUUAACAACAGUUAAAUUCAGAUAAAGGUUCAGCAAGGUCUGAGAUGGUGGUUGGCAGGCCUCGUUGAAUUGAUGAGAAUGAUUCAUGUAUGCCCCUGUUGCUUUAAAACUCCAGGGAAAGAUCACCAACCAUGGCCUACAGGGAGGGGUGAGUGUGACGCGGGAGGAGCUGUUGGAUGCUCUGCUCCUUCUCUACCAGGAGUGCUCUUCCCCAGACCUGAUGAAGAUAGAAAAUGUGGCCAACUUUGUCAACAAGUGUAAGCAUUUGAUUUGCAUCUAUCCUUUACUACUAAAAUGUUUUAAUAGUAAAGGAUAUCAUUUUAUUCCACUCCUAUGUUUAAUAGGGAUGGGCAUUUACAUUUUUAUGACUGUUAGAGUACUUGUAUGAUUUUUUUUCAAGUGUGUAUAUAUAUAUUUUUUAGAACACAAAGCCAGCACUGUAAAAUAAUAUGUGCGCUUUUAUCUAUAGGCCUAUGACAACAGUGCGCAACAAUGCCUAAUUUAUCAUAACCAUUACAUUUUACAUUUACAUUUUAGUCAUUUAGCAGACGCUCUUAUCCAGAGCGACUUACAGGAGCAAUUAGGGUUAAGUGCCUUGCUCAAGGGCACAUCGGCAGAUUUUUCACCUAGUUGGCUCGGGGAUUAGAACCAGAGACCUUUCGGUUACUGGCACAAUGCUCUUAACCACUAAGCUACCUGCCGCCCCAUUACAGAUAACAUGGCCCAUAUAUAUUCAGUCAAUAACAAAGAAAGUGCCAUUUAAGAUUAAUUUAUUGAAACCGUAAUAUCAACUGGUUAUAUCAUAUUGUGGAAAACAAUCUUCAAAACCUCAGCAGUGGCGCUUGCUUGUAGAAGCCUAUUGCUGUGCAAUAGCAUAGCCUUGAUUUGUUAAUUUAGCAGUCAAGACACUCUUAUUUCCUGAGCCCUUAUCACAGUCAAGACACCUAUUUUAUAGUAAAAAAAACAUGAUGUAAUAUAACAGCCUAUGCUUUAUGAGUCUGAUGACAAUAUAGUUUUUGUCUUUAUCAUACUAAUGUUUUUGCGUAUUUUCCGUGUCGAACCUGUCUAUGUUUAGGGGGGUUAUAGGCUAACCCAUUCUAAAUGGCACUAGCAGUUUGCAAAGUAGCCUAAGCGGAAAAUAGACAGGACGCAAUUAGUCCAAAACUGCAGCUCGUUGUUGGAACACAUAUCUUCCUACUUCAAUCAACAAGUCCAUUUUGAAUUUGUGAACUGUCAUCAUUUGGCAAGGAAUGUAGCUUGUGUAUCCCAUCAGUUAGAUAACGUUUUUAACUGCAUUUCUUUCUGUAGGCCUAACAGGAGCUUGUGUACGCACUCAGCACGUAUGUGUGUGUCUAGGGAGCGGUCAGAAUGCAGUUCAGUGAAUGAGACAAGGAGAGGAAAGGGAAUUUAGGGAGAAGAACUUGCGAUGCUUGUCUUGGUUUCUUUUUUGUUGUGCCCCGCAAAUGCACAUGUACAAAUGGAACACUAGAGUCAAAUUAAGUUAACGUUGUCUUCUAGACAAAAUUACACUUGCAUGUUCGGGCAGCCUCAAAGCACAUUGCACAAAAUAGUUUGACAGUAUUUUUGGGGAAAAACUGAUCUCUGGUUAAAGAUCGAGCUUUGACGUCUGUUCGAAUACUCAAUUACUAAAGUUUAACUGUGUAUGUGUGUGUGACCCUCAGUCUCUGAGGUGGUGUCAGAGUUACAUGAGUUGCAGCCUGGGUUGCGGGACUUUGAGAAGCGCGGGGUUGUUGGACGUGGCCGCUUCGCUGAAGUACAGGUGGUCAGAGAAAGAUCCACGGGAGAUGUGUGUGCCUUGAAGGUCAUGGAGAAGGCAGGCCUGCGCUCCAAAGAAAAUGUAAGCUACACUAUUUUUCAUUCUGCCCCAAAAAUAGCUAUUAAUUGUGGGGGCGAAUCCUAACUUCCAUGUAAGUCAUAACAUUUUCACUUUGUCAUGCAUCGAUGUCGAAGAGAGACUGUGAAAAUUCAACUUAAAUGGAAGUAAGUAUUCACCUUUGACUGAGGAGUCAAUCUGUGGAAACUGUACCAUGUUUGGAAAAUAUCUGUCGUUUGUGUUUUCCUGAAUUGUAGUUUGACAGGCAGGUGCAUUCCAUUCCUCUGUAACUGACGUUCCAUUCCUCCCUCAGGUGUUCUAUGAGGAGGAGAGGAGGAUACUGGCACUGAGCUGCAGCCCCUGGAUCCCACAGCUCCUGUACGCCUUCCAGGACCAGGACAAUGUCUACCUGGUAACAAUAUUGAUAUAUAUAGGUUAUGGGUUAUUUGUUGCUUUAUUGACACCACAAUGCAAUAUCAACAUUUAACACAAUUUGUCAAAAUCUAUAGAUUUUACUAGCGAGAAUGCCCCUAUACAACGCUGAAAAUGAUGGCCAUGGCCACUCGUCUCUCGUUCGAAAACAUUCCAUCGCCCUUGCUUUCACAGAAAUGUCUUAUUAAGAACACGGCAAUUUGGCUGGGAACAAAUCAGAUUUCAGAUUGUUUAGGGGUCAGUACAGCAGGUGGGCAAUCUAUGGCCCUAGGGCUGAAAGCGGCCAGUUUUAUACUUCAAUCUGGCCUGGGACCACAUUUAUAUCCAUACUUAAUUUAAUUGAUCAUGGUUAUUGCGCUCUGUCAAUCUAAAUAGAGCCCGGGUUGCUAUAACAUAUUCCUACUUACAGUGUUAUACUGCUCCACUGCUAUACUUCAGAUGUCCAGUAGAUGACGUCAUGUACCAUAUUCUGUAUUGGGCUGAUAAACCUUAGUAAAAUUGAAUUUGUUCAAGGACCGUUCAUUGGUUUAAUUUUUGUUCCUUUGCAGACUUUUUUGAGCCAAAGGGUCUGACCAUUGUGAAAAAGCAAUCUUUAUUGGGGGCAAUUCUCCCUACUAUGGCACAGUAAUAGAAUCCAUGCAUAUUAAGUAACAACGUGAAUAAAAAUGCCUUUAACGCUACUCUUACAAUUUUGUGGCAUGUAAUUCAAUUUCUAAAUCCCAAAUGUGUCCCUUUUGCCAAAAAGUUGGCCUUUUAGAUGCUUUUUCCCCACUUUAUCUAAUGAAGUAAUAUUGUGUGUUUCCCUCACUGUACUCCAUCUAGGCUGGAACGCUCUGUCCAAUUCUUCCUGGGAAUUUAGUGGGAGUAGAAAAUCCAAUACAAAUGCCAAGUGAGCAAUGCAUUGCUGCUCGGAAAGCGAACUGAGUGGCUUAAAUUAGAAAGAAAUAAUUUUCCAUGUCUGCUUCAGCUCAGUCAGCCCCCACCCCCAGCUCUGAUCUCUGCCUACACUUCCAUACUGAGCCCUGUGAAAAUACAAAGAAUCCAUCUCUACCCAAGUGUCAGACUGCUCCAAAGUGUCUCUCAGUACCCUGUUGCUAGGUAACCUCUUUAGAAUGCUGCUGUUCAUUCAGAAUCCCCGACCAUUCAUGCGCUGCGGUAUGCUCCUCAUCACUGAACUUUUAACACCCCUACUGGUAGCUGCUGCCUUUAUUGCUUCCUGUUUAUAUUUAGAAUGUAUGGAACAACGGCAGCACUGGUAGAAUUAAUUAGACACUGUUUCUUUGUUAUUUUCUACUCCCUAUAUAUAGCCAUGUUAUUUUUACUCAUUAUUUUUAUUUGUUAUUCACUGUGUAUUUUUUAUUACAUUUUUAUCUUAUCUUUAACUCUGCAACCUUCCGGAGACAUUUGAAACCCCACCUCUUUAAGGAAUACAUGUGAUAGGAUAAAGUAAUCAUUCUACCCCCCCUAAAAAAAAAUUAAAAAAUAUAUAAGAAAAUUAAAAAUAUAUAAAAACAAAAAAAGGAAAAAAAAAUAAAUAUAUGUGACCAAUGACCAGAGAAACUGUGUUGUCUGCAAUGUGGCGUGGUGAUACUUUUGUAUUUUUGCUUGGUUUGAAAUAAACACAAAAUACAUGAAGCUGUUUGGCCAGGCUGUUGCAAGACAGGUUCCUGUCUGUCUAAUAACAUGAUUGUCAUGGUACUAUGCACAUGGCUGUGUGUCUUUGUGUUUGAUUUCCAUGUGUGUGUUGUAAGGCGAUGGAUUACCUCCCGGGUGGGGACCUGAUGGCCCUGAUGAACAGAUAUGAGGAGCAGUUUGAUGAGGCCAUGGCCCAGUUUUACCUGGCCGAACUGGUGGAGGCCAUCCAUGCUGUGCAUCAGAUGGGCUUUGUCCACAGGUGACUUCCAAAUUCCACACUUCUAAUACACUCAAAUGUGCUGCACACCUCUGUACCGCUAAUGUGAAUCCCAGAAUAACAGCGUGACUGGUAGUGUCAAGGUUCAAAUACAGUUAGUACACUACAGGUAGACGAGCAAAAUCAUACUUGCUCUUUGUAAGAUCUCUCACCUGGGUUUAGGUCAAAUAGUUUUGUCUCGCUCCUCCUUGUCCUUCCGUUCCCAUUCGCUUUCUCCUGCAUUCUCUCACAUCCUCCUGACGUGUUUCCUGUUGCAGAGAUGUCAAACCAGAGAAUGUGCUCAUUGACCGCACUGGGCACAUCAAGCUGGUAGACUUUGGUUCAGCUGCCAAGCUCACUGCUAAUAAAAAGGUAAAAGCUCACACAACAGAGUGACACAAUUGUGAAUACCAAAGGUAAUGAAUAUACUAAAGAGGAUUCCUUAUUUUUCACGUUGAGGUUGCUGAAAAAACUAACAUUUAACUACUAAAUUGCAGGCUCCAAGGAAACAACAUGUGAAACCUGUGCAAGGGAUUGAUUACUACUCAAAUGUUGGGUUAUAACAUAAUGCAAUAGCAGUUAUAACUUCCACAUAAUAACUUUGAUUAUUGUAAAGAUUAUUAAAGAGGUGAGUAUAACUGAGAUGGCCGUUUUGCAGGUGUUUACCCCCAGGGCACCUGUUGGGACACAGGACUACCUGUCUCCUGAGGUGUUGGGGGCUGUGAACGGGGGGUCCCAGUGUAGCUAUGGCCUGGAGUGUGACUGGUGGUCACUGGGAGUCAUCGCCUACGAGAUGAUCUACAUGAAGUCUCCCUUCACCGAUGGCACCGCCACCAAGACCACCCACAAUAUCAUGAACUUCCAGGUAGGUCCCAUUAUUAUAUCUAACAGUAUGUCUGAUACUUCUUGCACUGGUCUGGAAAUCUGGAAAAAUAUUUGGAAUCAUAAAGAACUGAUAUCCUGAAAAAGUUUGUCAUUUUUAUUGGAAUCUGGAAAAUGGACGGAUAUAAAACGCUUUGAAAUAAGUAAUAGUGCUGUUUUGUUUUUUUACCUGACAAAUUACGUAUGAGGCUGUCCGCUAUCUCUUCAGGCAGUCUAAAAGGAACAUAGGCGUAGCAAUUUUACACCAACUACAGUAGUCAUUUCAAAACAUUAAUGAUUCUUGACAACUUUAGCUGCCACAGAGUUAUUUAAAUUCUAUGUUUAAGACCGUUGUGACAUUGCAUUCUGUCCCUAUCGUUUCCUCCCAGCGUUUUCUGAGGUUCCCCCAGGAGCCAAAGGGCAGUAAGCACUUUGUAGACCUGGUUCAGAGUCUACUCUGUGGAGCACAGGAGCGGCUAGGCUUUGAGGAGCUCCGUUGUCACCCCUUCUUCUCCACUGUGGACUGGAACAACCUGAGACAAGGUGAGCCCUGGCCCCCUCCUAACUGACCAGGGUCGUAUUCAUUAGGCACCAAAUGGGGAAACAAAUGAACUUGUCCAAUAAGAAAAGUUUAUUUUCGGUUUCCGUUGCGAAACGUUUUCAAACUUUUCCAUUGAGUGCCCUGAUGAAUACGACCCUGCUUACAAGCUGAUCAUGGUCCUUCUCACCUCUCCCCUUGUUUAUGAAUGUGUGUCUUAUCUAUCCAGCGCUGCAAGGUGGAGAAGCACCAUUGAAGAAAAACUAGGGUUUGAUUUGGUUUAAUCAGAUAGUUCACUCAAACUAAAAGCUGACAAUUUUCCACUUACCUUGGUGGUUGAUUCACUAAGACAGUUUUUGGAUAUACAGUAUAUUUAGGUUACUUCAGUACUUAGCUUGAAGAGCCCUUUCUUAUUGAUCAGUUGAUUGAUGGAAUGCACACACUUGAAAUACAGCACUCAAGUGCUUUCUGUUCUUCCCAAAACUACUAAAGUAAACAAAUAUUGUACACAGUACACUACACACAGAGUAGUAGUGGCGUCAGUAGUUGUGAGAAAAUAAGAUUGGCUACGGUCUGGCAGGAGGCCAGCUCACUCCAGAGGGGGGAUGUUGAGGAGAGUUUAGCAGCUGUGUGUGUGUGAGAUCCUCAGGAGAGCAGGGGAAAAGCUGGAUAUAGGGAAUAUAUCGAUGAGAGAAACGCUUGUGUGUUAGAGCUCAGAAUCACUCAAUAGCAUUGAAACAUUAUGAGAAUGUCAUGAGAAGAAUGCAAGAGCCUUUGAUUGACCAGAUAUGGCAAAUUGCCUCAUUUGAUGCUCACAAUUUCCGAUUGUUGUCAGGGUAAAUAGAUGAACGGCUGGAAUUAGAAUUACUAUGGACAAUUCUAUAUCUGGAAGAGGAUCUACUGGAAUAUCUUUCCUUUCAUGAAAGAGCUGUGAUGUGUGGACCCUGAUAGAAAGAAAAUUGUUGCUAAAUUCAGUAAGAAAUUGAGUCACGUGUCCAAGCACUUGAUCAUAGAGCUCCUUUGUUUCAUUGACAUUAAAACACAGCAUCAGGAUGUUUUGUUAAUUGUCUAUCAGAUCAGAUGUGACCUGGGUGGCUGUUCACCCGUCAGCUUAAUGGGCUAUUUGUCAAAUAUGCUAAUCAAAGGAACGUUAGUGAAUCUAAAUACUGCCUCUGCUUUCAAAUGCUGUUAAAGACUACUGUAAGAUGGUGUGAUUGGUGUGUGUCUUAAAUGCAGGAGUGUGUGUGUCUUGUGCAAAUGUAUGGGGCUGGGCUUGUCAAUGGUUGAGUGUGUGCAGAACAGAGCAGCUAGAGCGCUAGGCUAUAGGGCUGUGCUUUGGCGGCUGUGGCUCCAGCUGAUUAGCCCGAGCUGCUGCAGUGAGAGAGAGGGAGACACUACAGCGUAUGUAUGAACGGGAGGGAGGGAGGGAUCGAGGGAGGGAGGCAGGAGAGAGCAAUGCAUGAGUGUGUGUGAGAGAGGGAGGGAGCGACAGAUUGAUUGUGUGUGUGUGUGUGUGUGUGUGUGUGUGUGUGUGUGUGUGUGUGUGUGUGUGUGUGUGUGUGAGAGAGCGCGCGCGCGAGUUGCUGCGCUACAGCCACGUCUCAUCCCCUCACUUCCCCCAUUUUUUAAAUCUGUUGCCUCUUUCCCGGCGUAUCUCGCUCUCUCACUCACUCUCUCCCUCACUCACUCACUCUCUCCCCUCCCGCAGCCCUCCCUCCCUUUGUGCCGACGCUCCGCGCCGAAGAUGAUACCUCCAAUUUCGAGGAGCCUCCGGAGAAGCCCCGGCGAGCGGAUGCCCAUCGAGACCCCCCGCGGCCGGGCUUCCAGGGCCAGGACCUGCCCUUUCUAGGCUGGUUCUUCAGCAGGGCGUUGACAGUGCUGGCCAAGUCUGAGUAAGUACUGUAGCUUGACCUGCGUCUGUCAGCCGAACUCCUCUCUGCUUGAUAGGCGUCAGUCACAGGUGGUGGCAGGUCUGAUCUGCCUUGAGUAACGCCACGGCAACGCUCUCCAGGUAUUAUCCAACCAUAUCUUUUUAUAUGCUGCCUGAGUCUAUAGGCUGCUUUUCUCCUCCUGCAGUGGCAGUGCUUGGCUGGUGGCUCUAUCAUGGGAUUGCUGUGUCAGACGGAAUAAGGGGAUCACCUCUCUCUCUCCUGUCUCCUUGGAGACAAGCCCCUCUUUCAUGCGUUCAUCCAGUCAUAAACACAGACCGGAUUCUAACUGACUGUUUUCACCAUUGAAAACAAAGCUCUCUGAUUGAGAAAGGUUGGGAUUGAGAAUGAGACUAGUAGUUUGUCUACCUCUCAGACUGCUGUGGAGAUCAGUCAGACCAGAGCUGAAUCGCUGAAUGGUAGGAGAACGUAGAUUGCUGAUAUUAUUGGACUAUCAGAGCUGGUUGGUAUUCCGGUGAGUGUGUCGAUGGCGUGUGCUGCUGUGAGGUGGAGGAGACCCUCCCCUCUCUCCCCUCCUCAGUUGUGUGCAUGUUAUGGGGCUCUGUCUUUGUUAUUGCCGCGCAGCGUAUAAUGGCUUUGCCAAAUUAACAGCGGUUUGGUUGGUAAUUGACUCAACUAGUCAGUGGCUUGCUGAUUCCCUAAUAAUGCUGCCCCUGGUUAAUUUCUAGCACUGACUGUUCCCUGUGGCAGGUUAAUUGCAGAAUCUGCCAGUGAUGAUGCAGAAAAGGAACAGAAAGAAGAAAAGGCACACACAAAUAUUAAGCUAGAUUAGUCAGAGAAAGGAGGGAUGCAGAUUGGUGGAGAGAAUGUAUUUCUAUGGAAACCAGCAUGUUUUUUUGACCCCAUCUCUCUCUCUCUUUUUCUCUUGCUCACUCUCUCUCUCCCUCCCUCCCCCUGUUUUACAUUCACAUAUUUUAUUUUGUCUCCCACAAUGCUUUAUCUCCCUAUCAAACGGUGAUCUGUUUUUUAUUUUAUUUUUUUGCACUGCUUUUAACGGUAACAAACAAGCAGCUCAAACAACACACAGAAGCUGCUUGUGUUACCUACGAAAAAUGUGUAUGAGGGCUUGUUGUAUAUUCAACUGCUCAUUAAGCCCAAUUAGGGAAGAAUACAGUGCAAUCCAGGCAAAUGGUCAUUUGUUUAGCAUAGUGGAAGCAGAUGGGAGCUCCUGUAGCUGACCAGUGCUAACAUGUAACCACACAGAGCCUGCCCAGCCAUCAGUCCUGGCUAUCUAUGAUAAUGCAGCCAGCGCUGGCCAUUGAUAUAUUAUCUCUGCACAGUGUGAUGCAGGUAGUGAUGCCCAUCCUGUGUGUUUUGCUGUUCGCCAGCCUCAGUCUCUCCCAGGGGCAUUGUGAUGAUGAGGGAAGCAUCUUGCUCAGCACGCCUUCAAGGAAAACUGGUGCUGAUUUUUGUGGGUGUGUGUUAUGUCAUGUACCUGUUUUUUGGGCAUUUCAAUGUAUCGGUCCGUUUCAAUCUGUACUCAUGUAAUGGUGGUCCUGAGCACUCUAGGAAAUGGGCUGGAGUGUUUACACUGCAGAUUUCUAUAGUUUGGCAUUUAGCAAAGCUUUCUCAUGGUUUGUUUGUCGGACCAUAUGUCCUUACGUUAACAAGAUUCUCUGUGAUAGCUAGACAUUGACUUGUUGCAGAUAAAAGGCUGUGUGUGAUGACGUAGUGCACAUAAAAAUAACUUUUGCGGUUAAAUUCCCAUGUACUGAAUAAAUACAUAUAGUAAUAGUACCGAAUACAAGUUAAAUGGGUUUCCAUUGCAUUUUCAAUUCUGUCACACGUAUUCAGACCCCUUGACUUUUUCCACAUUUUGUUACGUUACAGCCUUAUUUUCCCUCAUCAAUCUACACAAAAUACCCCAUAAUGACAAAGCAAAAACAGGUAUUUUGAAAUUUGGAAAUAUCACAUUUACAUAAGUAUUCAAACCCUUUACUCAGUACUUUGUUGAAGCACCUUUGGCAGCGAUUACAGCCUCAAGUCUUGGAUAUGAUGCUACAAGCUUGGCACACCUGUAUUCUCUGCAGAUCCUCUCAAGCUCUGUCAGGUUGUAUGGGGAGCAUCGCUGCAUAGCUAUUUUCAGGUCUCUCCAGAGAUGUUAGAUCGGAUUCAAGUCCGGGCUCUGGCUGGGCCACUCAACGACAUUCAGAGACUUGUCCCAAAGCCACUCCUGCGUUGUCUUGGCUGUGUGCUUAGGGUCGUUGUCCUGUUGUAAGGUCAACCUUCGCCCCAGUCUGAGGCCCUGAGUGCUCUGGAGCAGGUUUUCAUCAACGAUCUCUCUGUACUUUGCGCCGUUCAUCUUUCCCUCGCACCUGACUAGUCUCCCAAUCUCUGCCGCUGAGAAACAUCCCCACAGCACAAUGCUGCCACCACCAUGCUUCACCGUAGGGAUGGUGCCAGGUUUCCUCCAGACGUGACGCUUGGCAUUCAGGCCAAAGAGUUCAAUCUUGGUUUCAUCAGAACGGAGAAUCUUGUUUCUCAUGGUCUAAGAGUCCUUUAGGUUCCUUUUGGCAAACUUCAAGCGGGCUGUCAUGUGCCUUUUACUGAGGAGUGGCUUCCGUCUGGCCGUAAAGGCCUUAUUGGUGGAGUGCUGCAGAGAUGGUUGUCCUUCUGGAAGGUUCUCCCAUCUCCACAGAGGAACUCUGGAGCUCUGUCACCUCCCUGACCAAGGCCCUUCUCCCCCCCCCGAUUGCUCAGUUUGGUCAGGCGGCCAGCUCUAGGAAGAGUCUUGGUGGUUCCAAACUACUUCCAUUUAAGAAUGUUAGAGGCCACUGUGUUCUUGGGGACCUUCAAUGCUGCAGAAAUGUGUUGGUACCCUUCCCCAGAUCUGUGCCUCGACACAAUCCUGUCUCGGGGCUCUACGGACAAUUCCUUCUACUUGGUCUUGGCACAUGCGCUCUAGCCAACAGCUUGCAGAUACAGUGCGGGUAGCCUAUAGCCUAAAUUAUGAUAUUAUUAUGAACAAAAAAGCGAGAUUAUUUUUAUUUGUCAAACUGCAGCCAAGCAUCUAUCAUCCUGUCAUUAGAAUAAGACCGUCAAUAUUUAUUGGAAAGGAGCAUCAAGCUCAUUACUUUGCACUUUCACCACCCUGUGAGAAGUGUAGCCUAAUAAACUGCAUAGACCACACAACAUACAGUGCUUUCAGAAAGUACAGUGCCUUGCAAAAUAAUUCAUCCCCCUUGGCGUUUUUCCUAUUUUGUUGCAUUACAACCUGUAAUUUAAAUUUGAUUUUUAUUUGGAUUUCAUGUCAUGGACAUGCACAAAAUAGUCCAAAUUGGUGAAGUGAAAUUAAAAAAAUAACUUGUUUCAAAGAAUUCUAAAAAAUUUAAUAACAGAAAAGUGGUGUGUGCAUAUGUAUUCACCCCCUUUGCUUUGAAGCCCCUAAAUAAGAUCUGGUGCAACCAAUUACCUUCAGAAGUCACAUAAUUAGUUAAAUAAAGUCCACCUGUGUGCAAUCUAAGUGUCACUAUAUAUAUAUAUAUAUAUAUAUAUAUAUAUAUAUAUACACCUGUUCUGAAAGGCCCCAGAGUCUGCAACACCACUAAGCAAGGGGCACCACCAAGCAAGCGGCACCAUGAAGACCAAGGGGCUCUCCAAACAGGUCAGGGACAAAGUUGUGGAGAAGUACAUAUUUGACACUUAACAUCCCACGGAGCACCAUUAAAUCCAUUAUUAAAAAAUGGAAAGAAUAUGGCACCACAACAAACCUGCCAAGAGAGGGCCGCCCACCAAAACUCACGGACCAGGCAAGGAGGGCAUUAAUCAGAGAGGCAACGGAGACCAAAGAUAGCCCUGAAGGAGCUGCAAAGCUCCACAGCGGAGAUUGGGGUAUCUGUCCAUAAGACCACUUUAAGCCAAAAACUCCACAGAGCUGGGCUUUACGGAAGAGUGGCCAGAAAUAAAUAAGCAAACACGUUUGGUGUUCGCCAAAAGGCAUGUGGGAGACUCCCCAAACAUAUGAAAGAAGGUACUCUGGUCAGAUGAGACUAAAAUUGAGCUUUUUGGCCAUCAAGGAAAAUAUCUGGCACAAACCCAACACCUCUCAUCACCCCGAGAACACCAUCCCCACAGUGAAGCAUGGUGGUGGCAGCAUCAUGCUGUGGGGAUGUUUUUAAUUGGCAGGGACUGGGAAACUGGUCAGAAUUGAAGAAAUGAUGGAUGGCGCUAAAUACAGGGAAAUUCUUAUGGGAAACCUUUUUCAGUCUUCCAGAGAUUUGAGACUGGGCUGGAGGUUCACCUUCCAGCAGGACUGCUAAAUCAACACUUGAGUGGUGUAAGGGGACACAUUUAAAUGUCUUGGAAUGGCCUAGUCAAAGCCCAGACCUCAUUCCAAUUGAGAGUCUGUGGUAUGACUUAAAGAUUGCUGUACACCAGCGGAACCCAUCCAACUUGAAGGAGCUGGAGCAGUUUUGCCUAGGAGAAUGGGCAAAAAUCCCAGUGGCUAGAUGUGCCAAGCUUAUAGACAUACCCCAAGAGACUUGCAGCUGUAAUUGCUGCAAAAGAUGGCUCUACAUAGUAUUGACUUGGGGGGGGGGGUGAAUAGUUAUGCACACUCAAGUUUUUUUCUUUUUUUCCCCAUAAAUAAAAAUAUUUUGCAUCUUCAAAGUGGUAGGCAGGUUGUGUAAAUUAAUACAAACCCCCCAAAAAUCAAUUUUAAUUCCAGGUUGUAAGGCAACAAAAUAGGAAAAAUGCCAAGGGGGGUGAAUACUUUCACAAGCCACUGUAUUCACACCCCUAGACUUUUUCCAGAUUUUGUUCUUACAAAGUGGGAUUCAAAUGGAUGUAAUUGUCCUUUUUUUGGUCAAGGAUCUACACAAAAUACUCUGUGGAAGAAAAAUCCCAACAUUUGUAAACAAUGAAUGAAAAAUAAAACACUAUCUUGAUUAGAUAAGUAUUCAAACCCCUGAGUCAAAACAUGUUAGAAUCACCUUUGGCAGCGAGUACAGCUGUGAGUCUUUCUGGGUAAGUCUCUUAUUUGUUAAUUUUUUUUGCACAUUCUUUUAAAAAUUCUUCAAGCUCUGUCAUGUUGGUUGUUGAUCAUUGCUUGACAGCCAUUUUCAAGUCUUGCCAUAGAUCUUCAAGACGAUUUAAGUCAAAUCUGUAACCAGGCCACUCAGGAACAUUCAAUGUCGUCUUGGUAAGCAACUCCAGUGUUUAUUUGGCCUUGUGUUUUAGGUUAUUGUCCUGCUGAAAGGUGAAAUUGUCUCCCAGUUUCUGUUGAAAGCAGACGGAACCAGGGUUUCUUCUAGGAUUCUGCCUGUGCUUAGCUCUAUUCCGUUUCUUUUUAUCCCCCAAAAAACUCCCUAGUCGUUGCAGAUUACAAACAUACCCAUAACAUGAUGCAGCCACCACUGUGCUUGAAAAUAUGAAGAGUGGUACUAAGUAUUGUGUUAUGUUGUAUUCAGGACAAAAAGUUAAUUUCUUUGCCACAUUUAUUGCUGUUUUACUUUAGCGCCUUAUUGCAAACAGGAUGCAUGUUUUGGAAUAUUUGUAUUCUGUACAGGCUUCCUUUUUUUCACUCUGUCAUUUAGGUUAGUAUUGUGGAGUAACUACAAUGUUGUUGAUCUAUCCUCAGUUUUAAAGUCACCAUUGGACUCAUGGUAAAAAUCCAUGAGCGGUUUCCUUCCUCUACGGCAACUAAGUUAGGAAGGACGUAUUUGUAUUUGUAGUGACUUGGUGAAUUGAUACAUCAUCCAAAGUGUAAUUAAUAACUUCACCAUGCUGAAAGGGAUAUUCAACGUCUGUUUUUGUUUUUGUAUCUACCAAUAGGUGCCCUUCUUUAUGAGGCAUCGGAAAACCUCUCUGGUCUUUGUGGUUGAAUCUGUGUUUGAAAUUGACUGCUCGACUGAGAGACCUUACAGAUAAUUGUAUGUGUGAGGUACAGAGAUGAGGUAGUCAUUCAAAAAUCAUGUUAAACACUUAUUGCACACUGAGUGAGUCCAUGCAACUUGUCAUGUGACUUGUUAAGCAAGUUUUUAGUCCUGAACUUAUUUAGGCUUGACUGACAACAUUUUAGCUUUUCAUUUUUUAUUAAUUUAAACACAUUUAAAAACAUAGUUCCACUUUGACAUUAUGGGGUAUUGUGUAUAGGCCAGUGACACAACAUCUGAAUUUAAUCUAUUUUUAGUUCAGGCUGUAACCCAACAAAUUGUGGAAAAAGUCACAUAGAUCUCAACUUGUCUACAUUUGGAAAGUUUUCUGACAAAUUUGCGCUUUCCAUCAGGCCUGUCGUGACAUGUACUUUACUUGCAUAAAAAGGUUGGAUGGAAACCUGUUUACUCACAGCUUUAUAUAGUAGUCAGGGAAAUACAUUUUGUGAGAGGAAAUACAAAUGGUUCUAACAUAAUAAUUUUUGAUGAAAGCUAUAAAAACACGUUUUCCAUCAGAGCUGGCCAGAAAAGUAACAUGUUAACAAUGGAUCAAUAUCCCUGUGCAUUACAUGAGAUUUACGCUUACACAUAGCACUUCAUUUCUUUGAUAUAGCCUACUGUAUCUGUAGUGGUGAAGGAAUGACACUGAGCAAGAUUAGCCUUCCUUUUUUAAACAUAAAUUGAAGAGUUAGGCCUAUACAUCAUGAGUUUACUCCUAUGACAUCAAAAACAUAGGCUUUAUUGUUAUGAUGAUAAUGUCAGACUUUCUUCACUUGUUUUUUUAAGUCGAUAGUUCCGUCCUACAACAUCAAGCGGUUGAUUUAUAGUAACUUCCCUUUAAUAUCUUAAUUAAUAUCUUGAUUACUAUGUUAAUCAUCCCUUAUCUAAUUACCACAAAUUAAGCUUAUAAGCAUGAGGAUUGACUUCAAAGUCAUUAUCUGCCAAAUCCAAUUUUAACUUUUCAGUUUGACUCAACAUAGUCUAGAUGGACAGUCAUUGUACGAAAUUAUAUUGAGAAGAGAAAUGGGCCUAGUUGCUUUCAAUUAAAUGGUAUUAUAAAUGCAUUAUUGUUGAGUUUAAAUGGCUGUCAUGAAAUAGGCUAGGCUAGUCGAUGGCCUAUAAUCUGGAUUUAAGAAACUAUUGAGUGCCAGUUAGAAUUAGACACAUAUUUGUCAAACUCAAGGAGCACAACCCUUUGCAUUCAAUUCAAAAUGAGAUAUGAGUUUUUGUCAAAGAAUGUGUUCUUCCUUAUGCCUUGUCCCAGGUCAGUGACUUCAGGCCUCAACUCUCCUGCCAAAACCAGCUCCAUGGAGAAAAAGCUUCAUAUUAAAAGCAAAGAACUUCAAGAAACUCAAGACAAAUGUCACAAGGUAAUGUGCUGCUUCAUUUUUGUGUGUUUUCUUUCCUGGAAAUGGGCCACAUAUAGUCUCCAGGCACUAUUUAACCUGAAUGUAAACACAUCUCGACUCUCCAACUGUAUUCUCCCUCUCAGAUGAUUUGUUUACACACAUUGAUUUUUAAUUGAUGAACUCAUUUAAAUAUCUCAUUGAAAUCUGAGAUAAUUAGGAGGUUGUAGUGGAGUUAUGAUGUGCAUACUGCUGCGUGCGCAGUGUAGCAUACACAUGGCAUACUCUCUUGAUGGAUAUUGAUUUGAGUGCAAAUAUAACCAAUAUAGUCUAAAAUCAGCUUUUUAACCCAAUUAAUUACUGUUAAUUAAUUAUGUAUUUAUUACCCGAUGGGGCAGGAGAUCUCGCAUGACAGUUACAGUGAUAUGGGGCAAACUUUAACAUUAUGCACCUUUUUGAGUGAAUAUCUCAUCUCAUUUGACAAAAUGUAUACAACUCUGAGAAAGAAACAUUUCUGUUUACAACUCUGGAAAAUAAAGCUUUGAGUCACUGUACAAUAUUUAGCUUUGGUGUCCCUUGUGGCUUAUUUCCUAGAUGGAGCAGGAAAUCUCUAGGUUUCAGCGCAAGAUGACCGACCUGGAGUCAGUUCUGCACCAAAAGGAUGUGGAGCUCAAAGCCUCUGAGACCCAGAGGACUAUCCUGGAGCAGGACCUGGCCACCUACAUCACUGAGUGCAGCGUGAGUACCUAAUUAUAUGUGUCCAUCCAAAACUAUACUUACGGUUACAGCCAUUUUGCUAUAAAAUAAAUGUGUUAACUCCAUGUCUUAGAAUAUCUAGUUGCAUAUCUACACAUAUAGUGGAGUGAAUAUUGGACAAUGGCGUGUCUCCAUGCAUCUGUUACUACAUUACAACCUUUUUAAUGCGUCCCAUAUAGUUUAGUAUAUGCAUGACUUCUGAGAAUAAUGCGGUGUUGUCAUACAUUUCUCCACUUGAGUAGAGUAGACCUACUGCAUUAUAGGAUGAUAUAUUUGAAUGCAUUGGGAUUUAUUUACGGUGUGUGUGUGUUAUUUGUGCGUGUGUUUCCACAGAGCUUAAAGCGCAGCCUGGAGGCAGCCCGUGUGGAGGUGUCUCAGGAGGAUGACAAGGCUCUGCAGCUGCUGCAUGACAUCAGAGAGCAGAGCAGCAAGCUGCAGGAGAUCAAGGAGCAGGUAGAAUCACACUUAAACUUUGACUUCACUUCAUCAACCCCGUCCUUACCAUUGAACCGCAUGCUUACUGAAUUUUUACCCCAAGAGCCGUAUGUAUCAAGCAUGUCAGAGCAGGGCUCUGCAGUGCGACCAUUUUACUUAAGUAUACGCCUAAAUAUCUUGCUGUGCGACCUGGAAUUUUAAUUUAGGAGCACCAGUGUGCCUAGAAAAAUGAAGGAUUCUAGCUUUACUAUCGCAAAUAUUUUUCAUUGUGCUCCUAUAUUUGUGUGCACCUACAUCUUUCAACUUAGGCGCACACGUGCUCCUUGUGAAAAGAAGACAGCAUAGAGCCCUGCAGAGUAUGAGUUGGAUCAGGUUAUGAUGUAAAAGGCCAAACUGGUCCUAAAUUAGCAUUCCUACUCUGAGAUGCUUGAUACAUACGGCACCAAACCUACUAACUAACCCUCUGCCUUUCUGAGUUGAAUGCAUCACACAACUAAAGUUGUGUCCCAAACUCAAGACAUGUCCCCUAGAGGUUCUAGUAAGGGAAACACCAUUUUGUAAACUUUCCCAAAAUCUAGAACACAUAAAAUGCACUCUAGUAAGAAACAAUGAUGUAUGUCUAUGAUCAGGGCUCUUGGAUCCUGAAAGCACUCAAUGGUCAGUGAGCACCUUAGUUCAUUGUGUAGCCAGGCCAGUGUUACUUUUCCGCUCUUCCAUCUCUGUCUCAUAUCUACAUUGUAAGGUCAUCAUUAGAACAUCCAUCAUACAGAAGCCCUUUUCAUAUUUGCAAUACAUAAUGCAUAUGCUCUUUAAUGCAGUAUAUUAUUGCACUCAUCACUAACUGUACAGUAUCGUUCUCUUUAGUAUUACCUUCUUCUGUGACCCUUCACACAAAUAUUGGUAGACACAAUGACAUACACGCACACACACUUCGUCAUGGAGAGUAUGGCUUUAUAAUGCGGUCCUUUGUAGUAGGGCUGGGAGUUGCCAGGGACCUCACGAUAUUAUCACGAUUCUUAGGUGCAGAUACGAUAUGUAUUGCGAUUCUCACGAUUUUAUAUGUAUUGGGAUUCAAUACUGUGAUUGUAUUGCGAUCCGAUGUUCCAAACAUAUUGCUCACCAUAUGUCUGCUGCAGAGGGACAAGACAGAGCCAUGAUAAAACAUGUUUUGAUCAGUCAUGGAAAUAAAAGUGCUGAAAACAAAUUGACUCUGUAUUUAAAAAGAAGAACAAGGGAAAAUACUGGAGUUUUGGUGAAAGUACAGCCAACUAGCAAAUUAAUUUUGCGAUAUUGUCAAAACGAUACGAUAUAUCGUAAAAAAUAUGCAACUAUCUUAAAAAAAAAAAAAAUCACUACUUUGUAGCUCAAUUGGUAGAGCAUGGCGCUUGUAACACCAGGGUAGUGGGUUCGAUUCCCGGGACCACCCAUACGUAAAAUGUAUGCACGCAUGACUAAGUCGCUUUGGAUAGAAGCGUCUGCUAAAUGGCAUUUAUUAUUAUUAUUAUUAUUAUUAUUAUUAUUAUAUUUGUAACUCUUAUGUGUCCUUUUAAACAUAAACACAAGGAGACACACACACACAAAAUCCUUUGUAGAGACUAGCCUGGCAUAGUGAGUGUCUGUGGUCUAGGAGCCAGUGAUUGGUCUAGGAGCCAGUGAUUGGUCUAGGAGCCAGUGAAUGGUCUAGGAGCCAGUGAAUGGUCUAGGAGCCAGUGAUUGAUGUUCUCUGUGGCAGGCAGCAGUGUGAGAGAGUUCCACACCCACAGUAGGGAUCAGCAGGCUUAGCAAGCCUCUCUUUGUCUGUGAUUCAUCCACUCCACAUGCUCAUAUACUAUACAGCGGCAGGUAAGAGGCUUUUACCCCACCCUCUCAAUGAGAGGCUCAUUCUACUGCUGUUAGUACAACAAGCCAGCUCUAGUCGGAUAUGAUCAAUUUGAAACCUGUAUGUGUGAAUCAUUAAGGGAAAAGACUCAAGAGGACUUUUGUUUUGACGAUGUGAUGAUUAUAAGGAUGAUGUUUUCCGUCCUGAAGAGUGGAUGUCAUUAUAGUAAUUAUGAAACCUUUUAAAAUCCUCCACGACAACUCCGCAGAAAUGAUGAGCCAGUCACACACACACACACACACACACACAUUCAUGAGGCUUUAAUUCCCAGGGGCCCAGCAUAUGUUCAUCCUGGCCUGCAUAUAAUUCUCUUGAACUACGCGUGUAAUUUUCUUUGCCCUGUGUCCCAGGAGUAUCAUGCCCAGCUGGAGGAGGCAGACCCACACUGAACCCUUGUCUCUCUCUUUGCCCCCUGCGGUAGGAGUACCAUGCCCAGCUGGAGGAGAUGCAGGUCACCAUCCGGCAGCUGGAGGAGGACCUGUCUGCCGCCAGGCGCCGUAGUGACCUGUACGAGUCAGAGCUCCGAGACUCCCGGAACACCAGCGAGGAGCUCAAGAGGAAGGCUGUGGACUACCAGCAGAGGAUCCAGAAGGUGUGUGAAUACUGAGUAGGAACUCAUGGAGGUGAAUAAAGGUGCAAUCUGAAUGCUAACAUGUGGGAUUUCUGUCCCCAAGGCCAAGGAGCAGGGUAAAGCUGAGGUGGAGGAGCUCCUUUCCAAACUGGAGAAGGUAUGCCCUGCUGUCCAUGGGUGAACUGUAUUGUGGAUUACUCUUCAAAAAUCUUUGGGUAUUGAAUCGUCGUUUUGUGAAGUCCCAUAGAGAAUGAAAUGGAUAAUAUCAAUAAUUUAUGUAUUGCCUUGCACUGAUGCGUUUUGGGCUCAGCCUUCUGCAGAGAUUAGGUCCCAUUAUUAAUAGAUCAAUUUCACACAUUGGCAUUACAGUCAGCUAAUCUUUCAUACUGUUUUUCAGACCAAUGCUGAACAGCAAGUGAAAAUCCUGGAACUCCAAGACAAACUCUCCAAGGUAUAUUUUCUAAAGUACAGAGCACACACACACACAGGUGUCCUGCACGUCACCAUAGAAUAGCUUAGUGAACCAAAAUGAAUGAUUUAGUUAUCAGCGGUCAUCACUGUGGUCCAAUAGGUACAUAGCUAUGAAUAGCUUCUGAUGUAAGGAGUCAUUGACAUUCACAGUUCACUGAAGUUGUGGGUACAAACGUUUCUUGGCUAAAUGGCAGUGCCAUUUAAUUAUGUUGUAUCAUACCCUUGUUGCCUGUGUUGGGAUCUUGGGAAUAAAAAGGCAUGAAGCCUAAUGGCCUUUGUUGUCUCAUUUGACCCUUGACCCCCAGGCGGUGAAAGCCAGUACAGAAGCCACGGAGCUGCUGCAGAACAUCCGGCAGGCUAAAGAACGUCUGGAGCAGGAGCUUGAGCGGCUGCGCGGCAAGGCCGACCCCAGCGACACCCUCCGACGACGUCUCAGAGAGACCGAGGUACGGUUGUUCAUGUUUAGUUGUUUUGAAUUGUAAUGAUUUAUUGUGUUACAUCCAUGUACUGUAUUUCAGUCACGGGAGGUUGGUGGCACCUUAAUUGGGGAGGACGGGCUCGUGGUAAUGGCUGGAGCGGAAUUAGUGGAAUGGUAUCAAACACAUGGUUUCUAUGUGUUUGAUGCCAUUCCAGCCAUUAUUAUGAGCCGUCCUCCCCUCAGCAGCCUCCACUGAUUUCAGUGUUGUUGACUGUCAUGUGGGUAUUAUUAAGAACUUGUUGUGUGUCCUGCAGGAGGGCAGGAAGACCCUGGAGAACCAGGUGAAACGUCUGGAGAUGGUGGAGCGACGAGAGAACAAGCUGAAGGAUGACAUCCAGACCAAAUCCCAGCAGAUCCAGCAGAUGGCUGAUAAGAUCCUGGUGAGAGCCGAGGGCUAAGUCCCCUCUUAAUACCCUGACCCCCCUCCACUCCUCUAUUCCUCUCUAUACUACCUUUAUCCUAGAGCAUAGAUUCAAGCAUGCACAUUCACACGAAUAGUCGCACACAUACACACACACACACACACACACACACACAGGGAAUGUCCUGCUUGCUGUCCCAUGGCAUGCACACACCCAUUUCUCUCACUUUGGAUGUCCCUCCUGCUGUCACAAGCCACAAAGAAACCACCACUCACACAGGCGACCUCUUUCCUUACGCGCACCGGUCGGGCUGCAUGCCAACAUGAACGGCCACCGCUACCACCGUGUCAUGGAUAAACAGCUCUUCCAAGCAAGUGUCUCUGUCAUGGACUGAGUGACAGUGUGGAUAGUGCUUUCAUCCAUAUUGUGUUGUUUCCUUUCAUGUUCAUUUUGUAGUUUCUUGUCAUUACCUUGUGUGAUAUAUGGUGUGUUUGCUUGUACAGGAGCUGGAAGAGAACCUGAGGGAGACCCAGUCCACAGCCCAGCGGAUGGAGGCUCACCUGGUGCAGAAGGAGAGGCUCUAUGAGGACAAAAUUAAGGUAGAGAGGACUUUAAGUCAUCCUUGAGACCAUGAUGUGCAGGCUGUCUUUCUGUAUUGAAAAGUGUGGCCAAGUGAGUGUACUAGUGACCUGGCUUUCUUGGUCCCCCAGAUCUAGGGGUACUGUUCGAUUGGGCACACCAUAGCAAAACAGUUUGCAACAGAAUUAAAUAAAUCGGUGUUCUUAUUGGACAAGGUCAGGUAGUACCUCCGCAUUGCACUCAGUUUCAAAACAUUUUGAAUACUGCCCAGGUUCUGGAGGCCCAGAUGAAGGUGGACCUGGCAGACAAGGAGAGCCUGGAGUCCAAACGGGCUCAGCAUGAGGAAGAGGCCCGGGAGAAGUGUAAGCUCCUCAGUGAACAGAAAGCGGUAAGACCAUAUUUCAAUGUAAAUAAUACAAUGUGUUCCGACUUAUUUUUCUCUGCCAAUCUCAUCAAUUCUGCUCAAGCAGGAAAAACUGGGCUAAAAGACUAAAAUGAAACAAGGUGCAGCUGAAAAAGUUUUAACUAGCAUACUCGCUUUGUACUUUUUAAUUGACUGCACUCUUUGAUUGUAGCCAGUUCUUUACUAUAUUGCUGUACAAAGCUGUGUAGAUUGGCCAUACAGUAUGUGCAGGGAUGUACAGUCCAACACGGUUUGCUUUUGUGAGGGUGAAAACUCUCUGCGAAUAUCAAUGUGAUGACUGUAGCUAAUAGAGGAGAGGAAUUGUUUUUAUGACUCACAUAGGCUACAUGUUAUAGAACAGGAGUGAGCCAAUUAGACUCCCAAUUAUGGGGCCGCGUGGGCGAGAGUCUCCGAGACUUCUGCUACAGCUUGUGUUUGUUUGAGGACAGAUCCUCUGACAUGUUUAUGGGCUAAGUUUCUUGUUUGUUUUGUUUGGUGCUCCACUCAAUUUGUCGAAGGGAAUGCUGUCAAGGCUGCGAUUAAUUCAGAGUAUUCCAUUACAGGGGGUCACUCUGCAAAGUCCAAGUUUAAGUCUGUAAUCUGGUUAAUGUGAUAGACUUGAGUUAGCUACCACUAAUAGGCUUUAGGAUCAGAACCAGACGACAUUUGACAUUGACAGAAAGGGAUUCUGGUCUGCACAUGAAUGUAGCAUUAGCCUAUGUAUUAGUUUAGCAUUUCAGUCCAGGGCAUGUCCACGGUAACAGAGUGACACUGACACUCCGAUUUUUCACUUUAAAAUGCAUGUCAAACAAAAACCAAUGAUUGCAAAGUUAAACAAACCAUACAACUCUAUGCACAAUGACUACAGCAUCACCCCGUUACCUUGGAAUUGCUCUACAGUAGCUACAGUCAGAGCCAUAUAUUUUAUGAUAAUGCUUUUAUAUUUAGUCCCAGUCUGAAUAUAUGGCUCUGGCUAAAAUCUUCUACCAUUUUCCCCCCGACAGUUUCAGGUGUCUGUUUUCAUGGAAGUGAUAAACAAUCAACACAUUUUUGUUGUGUGCGAUGUACAAAUGCGGUAAAAUAUAUUGGCACCCUUGCAUUUUACAAUGGAGUGCAAUGGAGCAGAAUGUUCAGAAUUUUUAUUUUCAAAAACUGGUUGAAUGCCUAUUUUUACCUAUAGGCACCUGCAACUUACCACAGGUGAGAUAAAUUACACAGUAAACGAGAAUCAUUGCCUACAAUCAUUUGCCUGUGCAGUUGUAAAUCAGACAAACACAAGUAAACACCCACAGUAUUCAAUUUCAACUUAUUUUAGAAGAAAGACUGCAAGGGUGCUGAUACAUUUGACCACAUUUGUAAGCUGUAAGCGUGCUUCUUCAUAAAUAGAUAGGAUCCCAUUACAUCCAUGUUUCAAUUAUUCACACCCUUCACAGUUUUCACAUUAUGUUCCCUUAAAUUGAAAUGGAAAAAAAGGCCUUAAAAUGGGUUGUUAUUUCAUGUCUCUAAGUCUGCCUGUUUGUGUUGCACUUCCUUUUUUUCCAGACCAUCAACGCCAUGGACUCCAAGAUGAAGAAUCUGGAGCAGCGGAUCAGCGAGCUCUCUGAGGCCAACAAGUUAGCUGCUAACAGUAGCAUCUACACCCAGAAAAACAUGUAAGUACAAACAGUAGCAUCUACACCCAGAAAAACAUGUGAGUACUAACAGUAGCAUCUAUAUACCCAGAAAAACAUCUGAGUACUAACAGUAGCAUCUACACCCAGAAAAACAUCUGAGUACUAACAGUAGCAUCUACACCCAGAAAAACAUCUGAGUACUAACAGUAGCAUCUACACCCAGAAAAACAUCUGAGUACUAACAGUAGCAUCUACACCCAGAAAAACAUCUGAGUACUAACAGUAGCAUCUACACCCAGAAAAACAUCUGAGUACUAACAGUAGCAUCUACACCCAGAAAAACAUCUGAGUACUAACAGUAGCAUCUACACCCAGAAAAACAUCUGAGUACUAACGGUAGCAUCUAUAUACCCAGAAAAACAUCUGAGUACUAACAGUAGCAGCUACACUACCGGUCAAAAGUUUCAGAACACCUACUCAUUCAAGGGUUUUUCUUUAUUUUUACUGUUUUCUACAUUGUAGAAUAAUAGUGAAGAUAUCACAACUAUGAAAUAACACAUAUGGAAUCAUGUAGUAACCAAAAAAUAUAUAUUUGAGAUUCUUCAAAUAGCCACCCUUUGCCUUGAUGACAGCUUAGCACACUCUUGGCAUUCUCUCAACCAGCUUCACCUGGAAUGCUUUUCCAACCGUCUUGAAGGAGUUCCCACUUAUGCUGAGCACUUGUUGGCUGCUUUUCCUUCACUCUGCAGUCCAAAUCAUCCCAAACCAUCUCAGUUUGGUUGAGGUCGGGGGAUUGUGGAGGCCAGGUCAUAUGAUGCAGCACUCCAUCACUCUCUUCUUGGUAAAAUAGCCCUUACACAGCCUGGAGGUGUGUUGGGUCAUUGUCCUGUUGAAAAACAAAUGAUAGUCCCACUAAGCCCAAACCAGAUGGGAUGGCGUAUCGCUGCAGAAUGCUGUGGUAGCCAUGCUGGUUAAGUGUGCCUUGAAUUCUAAAUAAAUCACAGACAGUGUCACCAGCAAAGCACCCCCACACCAUAACACCUUCUCCUCCAUGCUUUACGGUGGGGACUACACAUGCAGAGAUCAUCCGUUCACCCACACCGCGUCUCACAAAGACAUGGCGGUUGGAACCAAAAAUCUCAAAUUUGGACUCCAGAUCAAAUGUCCAUUGCUCGUGUUUCUUGGCACACGCAGGUCUCUUCUUCUUAUUGGUGUCCUUUAGUAGUGGUUUAUUUGCAGCAAUUCGACCAUGAAGGCCUGAUUCACACAGUCCCCUCUGAACAGUUGAUGUUGAGAUGUGUCUGUGACUUGAACUCUGUGAAGCAUUUAUUUGGGCUGCAAUUUCUGAGGCUGGUAACUCUAAUGAAUUUAUCCUCUGCUGCAGAGGUAACUCUGGGUCUUCCAUUCCUGUGGUUGUGCUCAUGAGAGCCAGUUUCAUCAUAGCGCUUGAUGGUUUUUGCAACUGCACUUGAAUAAACUUUCAAACUUCUUGAAAUGUUCCGUUUUGACUGACCUUCAUGUCUUGAAGUAAUGAUGGACUGUCGUUUCUCUUCACUUAUUGAGCUGUUCUUGCCAUAAUAUGGACUUAGCCCUAUUUGGUAAAAGACCAUCUUCUGUAUACCCCCCCACCUUGUCACAACACAACUGAUUGGCUCAAACGCAUUAAGGAGGAAAGAAUACCUGCCUGAGGACAAAGUUACACAAAUAAUAAACAACUAUGACAGGACUGAUAAGAAGCCCAAUAUAAAGCAAACAUAUUUAUCAUACAAAAGAGCCCAAACUCCGAGUGAUGUUUCACAUUUUUACUCAGCGAAGAUGUACCAGCUGAAUACAGAUUCAAUACAGUGCAGUGUCCAUUUAUACCCUGAGCUCUCACCCCUCCCUUCCACAAAGAUGUACUUAAGUACUUUUCCAUCACCCAGGAUUUCUCUGUGCUCCUCUGUGCAUAUCACAGGCUUAUCUGUCAGGAGAGGCCUUGAGUUAUUGGGAGUACACAUUCCUGCAGUCCACUAAAUAAUUACACUUCUCAUACACAGAGAUUUAACCAAACACUAAUUUCAAUCUCUAAGGAUAUAUAAAAACGAUAUAUUCAUACUAAGAGAAUAUAAUUAUAUAAAACAGUCAUAUAAAACAGUAAUUUACAAUCUAUCAGGACAAUACAAAAAUGUUAAACGUUCAUGUGCAAUAGUGUAAGACUUCAGUUGGUUAGCGAUCUCAGGCUACCAAAACCAAAGAGUUGGAGAUCUUGUAGCAGUCCUGCAUUGCAUCAUGUUCACAGCAACAUUUAUGGAGAUGAGCAGUGGCAUGGCCAGUCCUUGCCCCUCAAUACACUACUGUCUCCUCCCCCGCUGACUUGUUGUCCCAGCUAGCCCCUCUCGACAGAAUAGCUAGCUAGGCUCUCUCGGCUAGUGGAAAUUGCAUCCUGCAUCUCCAUGGAUACCAGGGGUUCAGACAAAAGGCUAAAAUGUCCUUUGGUUGGCACCUUUUUAUGUUGUUCAUUAGUUAAUACUACCACUCCUAUGCACUGCACAUGCAUUGUUACACAUUAUAUGCAUAAAAUAAACAAAACAGACAGGAGACGGAACCGACACCACCCGUCGCCAUUACAGCGCCAAAAAAUUAUAAUAAAUAAAACACCUGAUACUCCACACCCAACUAAACUCCAUCUCCCUCAGUUCUCUUUCAAUCAUAUCAUUCUCUCCCCAUCCCUUCAGAGAACCAAAGUUGUAUACGUAACCAAAUAAGUUUACAAUUGUUACCCAAACAAUGCAUUUUUUGGUUGAAACCUCAAUGGUCUCUCUCACUGUGUCUGGCUGUGGUUGUGGCAGGAAAGCCCAGGAGGAGAUGAUCUCGGAGCUGAGGCAGCAGAAGUUCUACCUAGAGUCCCAGGCGGGGAAGCUGGAGGCCCAGAAUGCCAAGCUGGAGGAGCACCUUGAGAAGAUGAGUCAGCAGGAGCAAAGCAAGAGGAGCCGUCUGCUGGAGCUGGAGACCAGACUCCGAGAGGUCAGAGUCGAACUGAACUGAAUAAAAUGUAUUGAUCCCCAGAGGGGAAUUUGGAUGAAUAGGAGAGAAGCCAGGGAAGAGGAGAAGGGCUACCUGUAUGGUGCAACAAUUAGACUUUAUGGGCUGGCUUCCCAGACACUGAUUAAGCCAAGUCCUGGACUAAAAAGCAUAUUUGUGCUUUUGAAAUUGCUUUUUUAGUCUAGGGCUAGGCUUAAUCAGUGUCUGAGAAACCAGCCCAAAAAGUGUUGACUUUGGCUGGCAUUUACACAAAGCUACUUGCAUGCAACUUCAGUUGCAGUUUCAAGUAAUAUAUCACCUCAAGCAACUUUACUGUUCUAAAGAAACAAUUCAUGAAACAAGGUGCAGUUGAUUUACCCACACCCGUGUAUUAUCCAAUCAAAUCCAAAGCAAAGCCAAGGCCCUUUAACCUCUGACCCUUCAACCUUUGGUGUUCUAGAUGGGCCUGGAGCACGAGGAGCAGAAGCUGGAGAUCAAGCGUCAGGUGACGGAGUUGACGUUGUCGCUGCAGGAGCGGGAGUCCCAGAUUAGCGGGCUGCAGGCGGCACGCCACGCCCUGGAGAGCCAGCUGCAGCAGGCCAAGACAGAGCUGGAGGACACCACCGCCGAGGCCGAGGAGGAGAUCACUGCCCUCAGGGUGAGAGGAGAGGACGUUGGCAGGUCAACGAGACAAGUCAAACCUGCACAGCUAUACACAUGUAAAUCACACCAGAGGUCAAGACUUUUGUUUUAUUUUUUCAGGCUCACAGAGAUGAAAUCCAACGCAAGUUUGACGCCCUGAGAGACAGUUGCUCAGUAAGUAAAAUGUGUCGGAAUUCCAAACGCAGUAAAUGUCAGUAUAGAUUAGAAUGUCAGUUCAAGCAAAGCAAUGAAAGAUAUAAUGGUUGAAUUCAGUUUGUGUGUGUGUCCCACCACCAGGUGAUCACAGAUCUGGAGGAGCAGCUGACCCAGCUGAGCCAGGAGAACGCCGAGCUGAACAGACAGAACUUCUACCUGUCCAAGCAGCUGGACGAGACCACGGACGAGACGGACGACCGCCUGCAGCUGGGACAGGACGUGGACCGCCUCCGCCGCGAGGUGGCCGACCGAGAGAUGCACCUCAACAACCAGAAGCAGGUGACGGACGUCUGCUCAUCAUUUGUUUCCUGCACCUUCCUGAAUGUUUGUUAAAUGUUUGUGAUACGUUCCAUGACAUAGGGACACUGAAGAAAGGCUGAAUAUAUAUAUAUAUAUAUAUAUAUAUAUAUAUAUAUAUAUAUAUAUAUAUAUAUAUAUAUAUAUAUAUAUAUAUAUAUAUAUAUAUAUAUAUAACAGUGAGAGAAAAAAGUAUUUGAUCCCCUGCUGAUUUUGUAAGUUUGCCCACUGACAAAGAAAUGAUCAGUCUAUAAUUUUUAUGGUAGGUUUAUUUGAACAGAAAAACGCAUGUCAAAAAUGUUAUAAAUUGAUUUGCAUUUUAAUGAGGGAAAUAAGUAUUUGACCCCCUCUCAAUCAGAAAAAUGUCUGGCUCCCAGGUGUCUUUUAUACAGGUAACGAGCUGAGAUUAGGAGCACACUCUUAAAGGGAGUGCUCCUAAUCUCAGCUUGUUACCUGUGUAAAAGACACCUGUCCACAGAAGCAAUCAAUCAAUCAGAUUCCAAACUCUCCACCAUGGCCAAGACCAAAGAGCUCUCCAAGGAUGUCAGGGACAAGAUUGUAGACCUACACAAGGCUGGAAUGGGCUACAAGACCAUCGCCAAGCAGCUUGGUAAGAAGGUUGGUGCGAUUAUUCGCAAAUGGAAGAAACACAAAAUAACUGUCAAUCUCCCUCGGCCUGGGGCUCCAUGCAAGAUCUCACCUCGUGGAGUUGCAAUGAUCAUGAGAACGGUGAGGAAUCAGCCCAGAACUACACGGGAGGAUCUUGUCAAUGAUCUCAAGGCAGCUGGGACCAUAGUCACCAAGAAAACAAUUGGUAACACACUACGCCGUGAAGGACUGAAAUCCUGCAGUGCCCGGAAGGUCCCCCUGCUCAAGGAAGCACAUAUACAGGGCCGUCUGAAGUUUGCCAAUGAACAUCUGAAUGAUUCAGGGGAGAACUGGGUGAAAGUGUUGUGGUCAGAUGAGACCAAAAUCGAGCUCUUUGGCAUCAACUCAACUCGCCGUGUUUGGAGGAGGAGGAAUGCUGCCUAUGACCCCAAGAACACCAUCCCCACCGUCAAACAUGGAGGUGGAAACAUUAUGCUUUGGGGGUGUUUUUCUGCUAAGGGGACAGGACAACUUCACCGCAUCAAAGGGACGAUGGACGGGGCCAUGUACCGUCAAAUCUUGGGUGAGAACCUCCUUCCUUCUGCCAGGGCAUUGAAAAUGGGUCGUGGAUGGAUAUUCCAGCAUGACAAUUACCCAAAACAAACGGCCAAGGCAACAAAGGAGUGGCUCAAGAAGAAGCACAUUAAGGUCCUGGAGUGGCCUAGCCAGUCUCCAGACCUUAAUCCCAUAGAAAAUCUGUGGAGGGAGCUGAAGGUUCGAGUUGCCAAACGUCAGCCUCGAAACCUUAAUGACUUGGAGAAGAUCUGCAAAGAGGAGUGGAACAAAAUCCCUCCUGAGAUGUGUGCAAACCUGGUGGCCAACUACAAGAAAUGUCUGACCUCUGUGAUUGCCAAGAAGGGUUUUGCCACCAAGUACUAAGUCAUGUUUUGCAGAGGGGUCAAAUACUUAUUUCCCUCAUUAAAAUGCAAAUCAAUUUAUAACAUUUUUGACAUGCGAUUUUCUAGAUUUUUUUGUUGUUAUUCUGUCUCUCACUGUUCAAAUAAACCUACCAUUAAAAUUAUAGACUGAUCAUGUCUUUGUCAGUGGGUAAACGUACAAAAUCAGCAGGGGAUCAAAUACUUUUUUCCCUCACUGUGUGUGUAUGUAUGUAUGUAUGUAUGUAUGUAUGUAUGUAUGUAUGUAUAAGUCGCUUUGGAUAAAAGCGUCUGCUAAAUGGCAUAUUAUUAUUAUUAUUAUUAUUAUAUAUAUAUAUAUAUAUAUAUAUAUAUAUAUAUAUAUAUACACACAUACAUACAUACAUACAUAUAUAUAUAUAUAUAUAUAUAUAUAUAUAUAUAUAUAUAUAUAUAUAUAUACACAUACAGAUACAGACUUGGCAUAGGAGGUGACUAGUGUGUCAGGUCGUUAUUGCAAACUAGAAUGAGUUCUCAACUUCUCAAUGACUUACCUGGUUACAUAAAGACAAAAUUAAACAAGUGACUGGUGUGCCUGUAGAACAUUGAGACUCUGAAGACGACGUGCAGCAUGCUGGAGGAGCAGGUUGUGGAGCUGGAGAGUCUGAAUGAUGAGCUGCUGGAGAAGGAGAGACAGUGGGAGGCCUGGAGGGGAGCCCUGGAGGACGAGAAGAACCAGGCUGAGAGGAGGACCCGAGACAUGCAGCGCCUGAUGGACAACGAGAAGCAGAAUAGGUACACACACACACACACACACACACACACGCCAGGUAUCAUACACACAUCAGCAAGCGUCAUACACGCAUGCGCACAAGCCUCAUAUAUGCACACACGUACACGUGUCCUACCCACCCACACGCAUCAUACAUAAACACAUGCACACGUGCAUCACACACAAACCCACACACUAUACAGUACAUACAAAGGUGCCACAUUUAUAUAUGCAAAUGCCUGCACACACAAAACCAUACACUGGCAUCACACACACUAAUCAUACAAACAUACCUACUACCCACACACAGUGAGUGUUAAGUUUCCGUGUGUGUGUAGGCUGCGUGCGGACCAGCGCAGUACCGAGUCCCGCCAGGCGGUGGAGCUAGCGGUCAGGGAGCACACAGCGGAGAUCGUGGCUCUGCAGCAAGCCCUGAAAGAACAGAGACUGAAGGCAGAGAGUCUCUCUGAUACGGUGAGUCUUGUCUAUAGCGUGACACUAGCGACGGCAGGUUCAUGGGUUUGAUUCUUGCAGGGGUCACAUACAGUACCAGUCAAAAGUUUGGACACACCUACUAAUUCCAGGGUUUUCUUUAUUUUUACUAUUUUCUUAUUGUAGAAUAAUAGUAAAGACAUCAAACUAUGAAAUAACACAUAUGGAAUCAUGUAGUAACCAAAAAAGUGUUACCCAAAUCAAAAUAUAUUUGAGAUUCUUCAAAUAGCCACCCUUUGCCUUGAUGACAGCUUUGCACACUCUUGGCAUUCUCUCAACCAGUUUCACCUGAAAUGCUUUUCCAACAGUCUUGAAGGAGUUCCCACACAUGCUGUGCACUUGUUGGCUGCUUUUCCUUCACUCUGCGGUCCGACUCAUCCCAAACCAUCUCAAUUUGGUUGAGUUCGGGGAUUGUGGAGGCCAGGUCAUCUGAUGCAGCACUCCAUCACUCUUCUUCUUGGUAAAAUAGCCCUUACACAGCCUGGAGGUGUGUUGGGUCAUUGUCCUGUUGAAAAACAAAUGAUAAUCCCACUAAACCCAAACCAGAUGGGAUGGCGUAUCGCUGCAGAAUGCUGUGGUAGCCAUGCUGGUUAAGUGUGCCUUGAAUUCUAAAUAAAUCACAGACUGUGUCACCAGCAAAGCACCCCCACACCAUAACACCUCCUCCAUGCUUUACAAUGAGAAAUACACAUGCGGAGAUCAUCCGUUCACCCACACCGCGUCUCACAAAGACAUGGCGGUUGGAACCAAAAAUAUCAAAUUUGGACUCCAGACCAAAGGACACAUUUCCGUCGGUCUAAUGUCCAUUGUUCGUGUUUCUUGGCCCAAGCAAGUCUCUUCUUCAUAUUGGUGUCCUUUAGUAGUGGUUUCUUUGCAGAAAUUCGACCAUGAAGGCCUGAUUCACACAGUCUCCUCUGAAAAGUUGAUGUUGAGAUGUGUCUGUUACUUGAACUCUGUGAAGCAUUUAUUUGGGCUGCAAUUUCUGAGGCUGGUAACUCUAAUGAACUUAUCCUCUGCAGCAGAGGUAACUCUUGGUCUUCCAUUCCUGUGGCAGUCCUCAUGAGAGCCAGUUUCAUCAUACAGUGAGGGAAAAAAGUAUUUGAUCCCCUGCUGAUUUUGUACGUUUGCCCACUGACAAAGAAAUGAUCAGUCUAUAAUUUUUAUGUUAUGUUUAUUUGAACAGUGAGAGACAGAAUAACAACAAAAAAAUCCAGGAAAACGCAUGUCAAACAUUUUAUAAAUUGAUUAGCAUUUUAAUGAGGGAAAUAAGUAUUUGACCCCCCUCUCAAUCAGAAAGAUUUCUGGCUCCCAGGUGUCUUUUAUACAGGUAACGAGCUGAGAUUAGGAGCACACUCUUAAAGGGAGUGCUCCUAAUCUCAGUUUGUUACCUGUAUAAAAGACACCUGUCCACAGAAGCAAUCAAUCAAUCAGAUUCCAAACUCUCCACCAUGGCCAAGACUAAAGAGCUCUCCAAGGAUGUCAGGGACAUGAUUGUAGACCUACACAAGGCUGGAAUGGGCUACAAGACCAUCGCCAAGCAGCUUGGUGAGAAGGUGACAACAGUUUGUGCGAUUAUUCGCAAAUGGAAGAAACACAAAAUAACUGUCAAUCUCCCUCGGCCUGGGGCUCCAUGCAAGAUCUCACCUCGUGGAGUUGCAAUGACCAUGAGAACGGCGAGGAAUCAGCCCAGAACUACACGGGAGGAUCUUGUCAAUUAUCUCAAGGCAGCUGGGACCAUAGUCACCAAGAAAACAAUUGGUAACACACUACGCCGUGAAGGACUGAGGUCCUGCAGCGCCCGCAAGGUCCCCCUGCUUAAGAAAGCACAUAUACAGGCCCGUCUGAAGUUUGCCAAUGAACAUCUGAAUGAUUCAGAGGAGAACUGGCGGAAAGUGUUGUGGUCAGAUGAGACCAAAAUUGGGCUCUUUGGCAUCAACUCAACUCGCUGUGUUUGGAGGAGGAGGAAUGCUGCCUAUGACCCCAAGAACACCAUCCCCACUGUCAAACAUGGAGGUGGAAACAUUAUGCUUUGGGGGUGUUUUUCUGCUAAGGGGACAGGACAACUUCACCGCAUCAAAGGGAUGAUGGACGGGGCCAUGUACCGUCAAAUCUUGGGUGAGAACCUCCUUCCCUCAGCCAGGGCAUUGAAAAUGGGUCGUGGAUGGGUAUUCCAGCAUGACAAUUACCCAAAACACACGGCCAAGGCAACAAAGGAGUGGCUCAAGAAGAAGCACAUUAAGGUCCUGGAGUGCCCUAGCCAGUCUCCAGACCUUAAUCCCAUAGAAAAUCUGUGGAGGGAGCUGAAGGUUCGAGUUGCCAAACGUCAGCCUCGAAACCUUAAUGACUUGGAGAAGAUCUGCAAAGAGGAGUGGGACAAAAUCCCUCCUGAGAUGUGUGCAAACCUGGUGGCCAACUACAAGAAACGUCUGACCUCUGUGAUUGCCAACAAGGGUUUUGCCACCAAGUACUAAGUCAUAUUUUGCAGAGGGGUCAAAUACUUAUUUCCCUCAUUAAAAUGCAAAUCAAUUUAUAACAUUUUUGACAUGCGUUUUUCUGGAUUUUUUUGUUGUUAUUCUGUCUCUCACUGUUCAAAUAAACCUACCAUUAAAAUUAUAGACUGAUCAUGUCUUUGUCAGUGGGCAAACGUACAAAAUCAGCAGGGGAUCAAAUACUUUUUUCCCUCACUGUAGCGCUUGAUGGUUUUUGCGACUGCACUUGAAGAAACUUUCAAAGUUCUUGAAAUGUUCUGUAUUGACUGACCUUCGUGUCUUAAAGUAAUGAUGGACUUGGUCUUUUACCAAAUAGGGCUAUCUUCUGUAUACCACCCCUACCUUGUCACAACACAACUGAUUGGCUCAAAUGCGUUAAGAAGGAAAGAAAUGCCACAACUUUUAAGAAGGCACACCUGUUAAUUGAAAUGCAUUCCAGGUGACUACCUCAUGAAGCUGGUUGAGAGAAUGCCAAGAGUGUGCAAAGCUGUCAAGGCAAAGGGUGGCUAUUUGAAGAAUCUCAAAUAUAAAAUAUAUUUUGAUUUGUUUUACACUUUUUUGGUUACUACAUGAUUCCAUAUGUGUUAUUUCAUAGUUUUGAUAUCUUCACUAUUAUUCUACAAUGUAAAAAAUUGUCAAACAAAUAAAGAAGAACCCUUGAACGAGUAGGUGUGUCCAAACUUUUGACCGGUAGUGUAUGUAAAAAAAAAAAAAAUAUGCACUCACUGUACUGAAGUCGCUUUGGAUAAAAGUGUCUGCUAAAUGGCAUAUAUUAUACACACCCUUUGAACUUGUGGUUGUGUGUGUUAUCAGCUGAAUGACCUGGAGAAGAAGCAUGCCAUGCUGGAGAUGAACGCCCGCACCCUGCAGCAGAAACUGGAGACAGAGAGGGAGCUGAAGCAGAGGCUGAUGGACGAGGUAGAGAGCACUCUGCAAACAUAAAUAAAUACACAAUAUUGUAUUUCAUUUACACAAAGUAGAUAAGCCUUGUCCGGGCCAGAACGGCUCAUAGGGCAGGAGCCUAUCUUCUGUUUGUAGUGUGAGGUAGCUUGAUAUACAAGUACACAGCUGGUCAGGACGUUAGUCCAAUUUACACAAAAAGUUACACAAAAUAGCUUUUAGCUUGUCUUGGAAUGAUGCGUGUUUGUGUGGUGACCUCCCCACCACAGCAAGGCAAGUUACAGCAGCAGAUGGACCUACAGAAGAGCCACAUCUUCCGUCUGACACAGGGCCUGCAGGAGGCUCUGGACCAGACUGACCUGCUGAAGACUGAGAGGACCGACCUGGAGUACCAGCUGGAGAACAUCCAGGUAACAAUACACUCACUCCCACUUAGACCAUUUUUAACACACCUGAGCCCAGUUGUUCUCUGCUGGCCUGGGUCGUAUUCAUUAGGCAACAAACAGACUGAAACGGGGAGGGACAACGUGGUGUUGUCCAAUAAGAAAUGCUUAUUUUCGUUUUGAAACAUCCACAAUAGUUGCUGGAAUGGCUCAGCUCCUACAGCUAAUUCCAUUUGAGACGUUAGCUGGUAGCCUGGUACAUUUAUAUUGACGUUGAUUCUUUCUCCCACCACAGGCUGUAUAUUCUCAUGAGAAAGUCAAGAUGGAGGGCACCAUUUCUCAGCAGACCAAGCUGAUUGACUUCCUCCAGGCCAAAAUGGAUCAGCCCACCAAGAAAAAGAAGGUGAGAGAACUCAGUGAUGGAAAUGUGAUGGCAGUUAAUGGCGCAGUCUGCAUAAGAGCAGAUGUUUGUUGUUCUUCGACAGGACACACACACAGACUCAAACACACACAAUACAUCUUAAUGUCACUGCAUGUUUAAUUAAUGCCACACAAGUCCAUGGCUCCUUCUGAAGCUCCAAGUCCCUCUAACUCUAACCCUUGCUCCCUCUCUCUCCUGCCAGGGUAUCUUUGGGCGGCGGCGUGAUGAGCUGGGGCCCAAUGGGAAUGGUGCUGGGGGGUCCGGGGCCCAGGCCCAGCCAGCAUUGCCCAUGCAGUACAGCGACAUGAAGGUGGCCCUGGAGAAGGAAAGGACUCGCUGCUCAGACCUGGAGGAGGCCCUGCAGAAGAUGAGGAUAGAGCUGAGAUCACUAAGAGAAGAGGGUGGGUGGUGUUGCCAACAACCUAUUACAGGACCUACGCCCAUAUUCAUAAAGCCUCUGAAAGCAGGAGUGCUUAUCUAGGAUCAGGUCCUCCCUGUUCUUGCAAUAUUAUUAAUUAUUAUUGAAAAGGCCAAACUGAUCCUAGGUCAUCACUCCUGUGAGUUGUUUGUGAAUCCAUGCCCUGAUGAUUGUCAUAGUUUCUGGUUCAAAUCCUUGUAUCCCUUCCUUGAACUUCUCACUGAUCUGCCAUGAUAUUAGGGAGAGCAGUCCAGUGGAAUGCUGACUUUAUUCACCCUGUCUUCUUCAGGAAAGUGAGGACACAUUUUUUGAAGUAUUUCAACAGGGUCAUAGUAUAUUGAUGAUGGAGACGAUGCACACAAAGCCAUGUUUCUGGUUUGUCUAAGUGUGCCAGGUGUAGCCAAAAGGCUAACGUUUCCCCCGUCUUCCUCCCUCCUUCCCAGCGGCCCAUUUUAAAGUCUCAGAGCACGCCCCGGCCACACCAGCCUCGGCCCGCCAGCAGAUCCUCAUGUCGGCCAUCGUCAAGUCCCCCGAGCGCCAGCCCAACCCCAGCAGCCUCCUGGCACCCUCCAGCUCUGCACGAUGCAAGGAGAGCUCCACGCCCGAAGGUAAGUCCCACAGCCCCCGCUCUCUGUCUGUCUAUCUGUUUCUCUCUCUCUCUUAGCCACUUUUAGAACUCUUAAUUUUCUUUCUCUCUCAUUCUGCUCACAGAGAAGAGAAGGGUGACUUUUGAAAGUAAGUGCAUUCCCAGUUUGAAACCAUCUUCCAUCUCAUUGUGCUUGUUUUGAUGAUAACAUUUUUGUCACAUGCGCCGAAUACAACAAGUAUUUACACUGAAAUGCUUCUUUACGAGCCCUUUCCCAACAUGCAGUUAAAAAGUAAGCCAAUUUACAAAUAGAUAAAAAUAAAAUAGUAAUAAAAUAACAAUAACGAGGCUAUAUAUAGGCUAUAUACAAGGAGUACCGGUACAGAGUCAGUGUACUGGUGUACGAGGUAGUUGUGGUGAUUGAUUGAGGUAAUACUGUAUGUACAGUGGGGAGAACAAGUAUUUGAUACACUGCCAAUUUUGCAGAUUUUCCUACUUACAAAGCAUGUAGAGGUCUGUAAUUUUUAUCAUAGGUACACUUCAACUGUGAGAGACGGAAUCAAAAAUCCAGAAAAUCACAUUGUAUGAUUUUUAAGUAAUUAAUUUGCAUUUUAUUGCAUGACAUAAGUAUUUGAUACAUCAGAAAAGCAGAACUUAAUAUUUUGGUACAGAAACCUUUGUUUGCAAUUACAGAGAUCAUACGUUUCCUGUAGGUCUUGACCAGGUUUGCACACACUGCGGCAGUGAUUUUGGCCCACUCCUCCAUACAGACCUUCUCCAGAUCCUUCAGGUUUCGGGGCUGUCGCUGGGCAAUACGGACUUUCAGCUCCCUCUAAAGAUUUUCUAUUGGGUUCAGGUCUGGAGACUGGCUAGGCCACUCUAGGACCUUGAGGUGCUUCUUACGGAACCACUCCUUAGUUGUCCUGGCUGUGUGUUUCGGGUCAUUGUCAUGCUGGAAGAGCCAGCCACGACCCAUCUUCAAUGCUCUUACUGAGGGAAGGAGGUUGUUGGCGAAGAUCUCGCGAUACAUGGCCCCAUCCAUCCUCCCCUCAAUACGGUGCAGUUGUCCUGUCCCCUUUGCAGAAAAGCAUCCCCAAAGAAUGAUGUUUCCACCUCCAUGCUUCACGGUUGGGAUGGUGUUCUUGGGGUUGUACUCAUCCUUCUUCUUCCUCCAAACACGGCGAGUGGAGUUUAGACCAAAAAGCUCUAUUUUUGUCUCAUCAGACCACAUGACCUUCUCCCAUUCCUCCUCAGGAUCAUCCAGAUGGUCAUUGGCAAACUUCAGACGGGCCUGGACAUGCACUGGCUUGAGCAGGGGGACCUUGCGUGCGCUGCAGGAUUUUAAUCCAUGAUGGCAUAGUGUGUUACUAAUGGUUUUCUUUGAGACUGUGGUCCCAGCUCUCUUCAGGCCAUUGACCAGGUCCUGCCGUGUAGUUCUGGGCUGAUCCCUCACCUUCCUCAUGAUCAUUGAUGCCCCAUGAGGUGAGAUCUUGCAAGGAGCCCCAGACCGAGGGUGAUUGACCGUCAUCUUGAACUUCUUCCAUUUUCUAAUAAUUGCGCCAACAGUUGUUGCCUUCUCACCAAGCUGCUUGCCUAUUGUCCUGUAGCCCAUCCCAGCCUUGUGCAGGUCUACAAUUUUAUCCCUGAUGUCCUUACACAGCUCUCUGGUCUUGGCCAUUGUGGAGAGGUUGGAGUCUGUUUGAUUGAGUGUGUGGACAGGUGUCUUUUAUACAGGUAACGAGUUCAAACAGGUGCAGUUAAUACAGGUAAUGAGUGGAGAACAGGAGGGCUUCUUAAAGAAAAACUAACAGGUCUGUGUGAGCCGGAAUUCUUCCUGGUUGGUAGGUGAUCAAAUACUUAUGUCAUGCAAUAAAAUGCAAAUUAAUUACAUAAAAAUCAUACAAUGUGAUUUUCUGGAUUUUUGUUUUAGAUUCCGUCUCUCACAGUUGAAGUGUACCUAUGAUUAAAAAUUACAGACCUCUACAUGCUUUGUAAGUAGGAAAACCUGCAAAAUCGGCAGUGUAUCAAAUACUUGUUCUCCCCACUGUACAUGUAGGUUGGUUAUUUGAUUGAUUGAAGUACUAUGUACAUGUAGGUAGGGGGUGAAAAGCAGAAAGUUUGGGCAGCCGUUUAAUUAACUGUUCGACAGUCUUAUGGCUUUGGGGUAGAAGGUGUUCAGGAGCCUUUUGGUCCGGUACCGCUUGCUGUGAGGUAGCAGAGAGAACAGACUUCAACUUGGGUGGCUGGAGUAUUUUAAAAAUUUUAGGGCCUUCCUCUGACACCGCCUGGUAUAGAGGUCAUGGAUGACAGUGAUGUACUGGGCCAUGCGCACUACCCUCUGUUGUCGAGCAGUUGCCAUACCAAGUGGUGAUGCAGCCAGUCAAGAUGCUCAAUGGUGCAGCUGUAUAACAUUUUGAGGAUCUAAGGGCCCAUGCCAAAUCUUUUUUGCCUCCUGAGGGGGAAGAGGCUUUGUCGUGCCCUCUUCACGACUGUGUUGGUGUGUUUGACCAUUAUAGGUCCUUAGUGAUAUGGACACCAAGGAACUUGAAGCUCUCGACCUUCUCCACUACAGCCCCGUCGAUGUGAAUGGGGGCGUGCUCGGCCCUCCAUUUCCUGCAGUCCACGAUCCACUCCUUUUGUCUUGCUGAUGUUGAGGGAGAGGUUGUUGUCCUUGCACCACAUUGCCAGGUCUCUGACCUCCUCCCUGUAGGCUGUCUCAUCGUCGUCGGUGAUCAGGCCUACCACCGUCGUGUCGUCAUUAGGCACCAGUGUGCGGCCAUGCAGUCGUGGGUGAACAGGGAGUACAGAAGGGGGCUAAGCACGCACCCCUUAGGGGUCCCCGUGUUGAGGGUCAGCGUGGCGGAUGUGUUGUUGCCUACCCUCACCAGCUGGGGGCAGCCCGUCAAAGUCCAGUAUCCAAUUGCAGAGGGAGGUGUUUAAUCCCAGGGUCCUUAGCUUAGUGAUGCGCUUGGAGGGCACUAUGGUGUUGAACGCUGACCUGUAGUCAAUGAACAGCCUUCUCACAUACAGUAGGUGUUCCUUUUGUCCAGGUGGGAAAGAGCAGUGUGGAGUGCAAUAGAGAUUGCGUCAUCUGUGGAUCUGUUGGGGCGUUAUGCGAAUUGGAGUGGGUCCAGGGAGUCUGGGAUGAUGGUGUUGAUGUGAGCCAUGACCAGCCUUUCAAAGCAUUUUAUGGCUACAGAUGUGAGUGCUACGGGGCGAUAGUCAUUUAGACAUUUUACCUUGGCCUUCUUGGGCACAGGGACUAUGGUGGUCUGCUUGAAACGUGGGUAUUACAGACUGGGUCAGGGAGAUGUUGAAAAUAUCAGUGAAGACACUUGCCAGCUGGUCAGAGCAUGCUCUGAGUACGCGUCUUGGUAAUCCGUCUGGCCCUUUGGCCUUGUGAAUGUUAACCUGUUUAAAAGUCUUACUCACAUCAGCUACGGAGAGCGUUAUCUCUUCACUUCAACUGGUUCAUGGGGCACAUUUACAAUGCUAUUCUGCAUCUGAGGUGCAUGUGAUGCUGGGAGGGUUAUUGACUGAAGGAACAAGUGUCUAAAGUAUUAGUAAGCAACAAUAUGGAGGCAAAAAUAGAGAAUGAUUCAGAAGGCACUCAGGAAAGGCUCCAUGCCAGUUGGUAAUCAAUGUGGGGGUGGCUCUUGGCAAAUGUAACCGCCAUUAAGUUAUAUUUAAUUUUGUGCCAAACGCCCUCAAAAGCAAAGACGGGGGUGCGGUUCAGGACUUCUGGUUUAGAGUUGUCAAGACCCACCCCCUCCUGAAUUAGAGCCCCAGCAGCACUUUUGACUGGAAAAUACAAUUUUUCCUUUAACCAGCCUUUAUUUCUGCAAAGCUAAGUAGAUCUGAAACCAUCUCUUCUACAAAUACUAUAGUUAAAAGUACAUACACACAUUGUCAUUUGCAUGUUCUGCUUUGCUUUAUCUUGGCCAGGUCGCAGUUGUAAAUGAGAACAUGUUCUCAACUGGUUUACCUGGUUAAAUAAAGGUGAAAUAAAAAUAAAAUAAAUAACCAUGGUUAUGUCGUUAGAACCGAAAAUAUGCAAGUGCAGAAAUUGAAUUGCUAUGCCUCAUACAGCACUGUUUGUCUUGCUGUCAAAACACUGUUGCUUUCCCUUGUCAGGAACUUUUAAGUGACACGAACAAUACGCAAAGUAUGACCGCUGCAAACUCACUCAUUCUAGUUUUCACUCAUUUUCACUCUCUCUUGUUGUAGAGUAUGGGCGUCGUGUGAAAGAGAGGAUGCACCACAACAUCCCCCAUCGCUUCACCGUGGGACUCAACAUGAGGGCCACCAAGUGUGCUGUCUGCCUGGACACCGUGCACUUUGGACGCCAGGCCGCCACCUGCCUAGGUUAGUAGUCCUAAUGGACUUACUGCCUUUCUUUCUCAUUACUGCUACAAUAGCACUGCUGUUGCGCUCAUGAGCAAUGUCCCAGACCACUGCAUUAUGUUCAUUACUGUAUUUCAACUAUUUCUUUAAAUCAAACUUCCCUUGCUUGUGGUCAUUAUUUUGAAUAAAAAUGGUUUACAAUUAUACCUGACUCUCGUGUAUAUAGGUAUGAAGAUAACAUUUAUUGACAACACAACUUAUAAGGAGCCUGAAAAGUACAGAGUACAUGUUUUCAGCCAACAUAACUCAAGAUCAAUCACUCCUCCACAAUACAUGUAUUUCCUUCUCUCUCUUCCUGGUCUACUGUAGAGUGCCACACCCUGUGCCACCCCAAGUGCUCGCCCUGCCUCCCUGCCACAUGCGGCCUGCCGGCGGAGUAUGCUACCCACUUCUCAGAGGCGUUGUGUCGGGAGAAGGCCAACUCACCUGCCCUGCAGCUCAAAGAGGCCGCUGGCCACGUACGCCUGGAGGGCUGGAUGAAACAACCCAGGUCUGUGUUCUCAUAGUAAACCCUUUAUUAUGGACAUUCUUCUGUUUACCUGCCUUACCUUGCUUUAUGUUGGAAAGCGGUUUGAAAUUGAACCGUCUUCUCCUCCUUUUCCUCUUUCUUGGGCAUGAGCUCUGGGUAGGGCCCUUGACAGGGAAAUGUAACACCUCUGAAUGUUCUGUUUCAUAAUGUAAGGUGUGUGUCUCUGCAGGAACUCCAAGCGAGGCCAGCAGGGCUGGGAGAGGAAGUACGUGGUGCUGGACGGGACCAAAGUGUCCAUCUACGACACUGAACCCAGAGAAGGUACUGCUCCUUGACUUGACUCUCCUUUAGCUUUUUCUUUUUCUUUCACCAGACUGUUUUGGCAGUGUUUCCAUGAACCUUGGCCUCCUGGAUCAUAUUCAUUAGGCAACAGUCUGAAACAGGGAGAGUUCUACCUGGACUUGUAGCUGGCCUGGUAGCAUUGCAAAACGUUUUGCUACCGUGUGCCCUAAUAAAUAUAUACCUGGUGUCUUUCCAGACUCUCUGAAGCCAGAGGAGGAGUUUGAGCUGUGUCUUCCUGAUGGAGAGGUGACCAUCCACGGAGCAGUGGGAGCCUCGGAGCUCAUCAACACGGCCAAGUCAGGUACAACACACCUGUCCAAUGCCCUUAUAGAUACUACACAGGUAGAUUAGAGUCCACCGGUGCUUGACUUGGACUGAAAUAAGUGCCGGUCCUCAUUUUGAGUGCUGGUACUGUUUAUACACUGCUCAAAGAAAUAAAGGGAACACUAAAAUAUCACAUCCUAGAUCUGAAUGAAUGAAAUAAUCUUAUUAAAUACUUUUUUCUUUACAUAGUUGAAUGUGCUGACAACAAAAUCACACAAAAAUUAUCAAAGGAAAUCAAAUGUAUCAACCCAUGGAGGUCUGGAUUUGGAGUCACCCUCAAAAUUAAAGUGGAAAACCACACUACAGGCUGAUCCAACUUUGAUGUAAUGUCCUUAAAACAAGUCAAAAUGAGGCUCAGUAGUGUGUGUGGCCUCCACGUGCCUGUAUGACCUCCCUACAACGCCUGGGCAUGCUCCUGAUGAGGUGGCGGAUGGUCUCCUGAGGGAUAUCCUCCCAGACCUGGACUAAAGCAUCCGCCAACUCCUGGACAGUCUGUGGUGCAACGUGGCGUUGGUGGAUGGAGCGAGACAAUAUGUCCCAGAUGUGCUCAAUUGGAUUCAGGUCUGGGGAACGGGCGGGCCAGUCCAUAGCCUUCCUCUUGCAGGAACUGCUGACACACUCCAGCCACAUGAGGUCUAGCAUUGUCUUGCAUUAGGAGGAACCCAGGGCCAACCGCACCAGCAUAUGGUCUCACAAGGGGUCUGAGGAUCUCAUCUCGGUACCUAAUGGCAGUCAGGCUACCUCUGGCGAGCACAUGGAGGGCUGUGCGGCCCCCCAAAGAAAUGCCACCCCACACCAUGACUGACCCACCGCCAAACCGGUCAUGCUGGAGGAUGUUGCAGGCAGCAGAACAUCACAUGUGCUCAGUGUGAACCUGCUUUCAUCUGUGAAGAGCACAGGGCGCCAGUGGCGAAUUUGCCAAUCUUGGUGUUCUCUGGCAAAUGCCAAACGUCCUUCACGGUGUUGGGCUGUAAGCACAACCCCCACCUGUGGACGUCGGGCCCUCAUUACACCCUCAUGGAGUCUGUUUCUGACCGUUUGAGCAGACACAUGCACAUUUGUGGCCUGCUGGAGGUCAUUUUGCAGGGCUCUGGCAGUGCUCCUCCUGCUCCUCCUUGCACAAAGGCGGAGGUAGCAGUCCUGCUGCUGGGUUGUUGCCCUCCUACGGCCUCCUCCACGUCUCCUGAUGUACUGGCCUGUCUUCUGGUAGCGCCUCCAUGCUCUGGACGCUACGCUGACAGACACAGCAAACCUUCUUGCCACAGCUCGCAUUGAUGUGCCAUCCUGGAUGAGCUGCACUACCUGAGCCACUUGUGUGGGUUGUAGACUCCGUCUCAUGCUACCACUAGAGUGAAAGCACCGCCAGCAUUCAAAAGUGACCAACACAUCAGCCAGGAAGCAUAGGAACUGAGAAGUGGUCUGUGGUCACCACCUGCAAAACCAGUCCUUUAUUGGGGGUGUCUUGCUAAUUGCCUAUAAUUUCCACCUGUUGUCUAUUCCAUUUGCACAACAGCAUGUGAAAUUUAUUGUAAAUCAGUGUUGCUUCCUAAGUGGACAGUUUGAUUUCACAGAAGUGUGAUUGACUUGGAGUUACAUUGUGUUGUUUAAGUGUUCCCUUAAUUUUUUUGAGCAGUGUAUUUAGGUGCAGGAGGCCACAAUACUUUUGAGCUAAUAUUCUAUAAGAGGAACAGGAGCUCAAGCAGUAGAACAUUUUAGGUGCCGGUACUCCGCUCUGGUGAGCUCCUGCCCAAGUCAAGCACUGGGGCCCACCUGUCUAAUGCACUUAUUCACUUGGAGAUUAGAGUAGACCUUCUAUUUCCCAGAAAACUCUCCCAUUUGGAACACACCAAGAUAAUGAACACCUGACCUCUCCCUACAUCCUAACUUGUGUAAAACUACCUAAACUGAUCCUAUUUGAUGCCUCUUUACUGGAGUAAUUGCACAGUCGUCAAGUAGCUAAACUGCUGAGCAUGCCACUGUUGUGUUUGUAUUUGAAUGUGCUCUAUAGUCUCUGUCCCUUCACUCUCUUAUCUUGCUUGUGUCUGUGUGCAGACAUCCCGUACAUCCUGAAGCUGGAGUCUCACCCCCACACCACCUGUUGGCCCGGCCAGUCCCUGUAUUUCAUGGCUCCCAGCUUCCCAGACAAGCAGCGCUGGGUGGCUGUCCUGGAGUCAGUCGUAGCCGGCAGCAGGGGCUCCAAGGACAAGGUGGAGGCUGACGCGGUGAGUGGACGCGCUUGUGUGCAUAUGUCGAAAGCCAUCUUCAAUCUCUAGUCGGUUGAUAUUUGAAGUGUUGUUACUUUCAAGGUCGGCACCGGAGUUCUCCUACUAGUUCAUUACAGUUUAUAGCUGAAACACACACUCAAACAUGAGAGAGCAAGACUUGCUUGGUGUUUGCUGAGAGAGUAGGGUGUAUUCCCACUCAAUAGUCUCUCUUUCUCUCUUCCCCCCCGUUCCCUCUCUCUUUGUCUGCAUGUUGUCCCUCUACCGUCUGUGUUUGUGGAUGUUGUCAAUGAUUUUAUGUGUGAAUACAUAUUUUACACAUAUUUUACACUGUAUGUGUAAAAUUCACUGGGGUGUUGUUGACCACACUGUAGACAGCUGUUCCUAAAAGACAGAAGAAUCUCUCCCCACUGGUCCAGGUAAAGAGCUGCACGAGCCUGCCUUAUGCUUGGGCCCAAGCGUAUAUGCUUUGAUUGACAGAGCAUGCAGUACACACACUUACUGUAUACAUACCAAUGCACACAAACAAAUCAACAUCUUUAAUCACACAUACAGUGCAAGCACACACUCUCUCGCCCUGAAAAACAGCCACAUACCCACACAUGCAGCACCCAUGAAGCUCAUGUAUGUGAGAUAACCCUGCUGUGCAGCUUUGUCCCCUGGCGUCAUGCAUGCACUUCCAGAGUCAUAUACGUCACACACGCCCAUGCACCCCUGCAAUACAAUUGAUAGAUUGAUUGAUCGAUCAAUUGGUUUGUCUGGUGUACCAUUUUGAUUUUGUUCUUUUGAUAUCUUCCUCUUUUUCUUUUCUUGUGUGUAAAGCACUUUGAAAUGUUGUAUGGAAAUUGGAAAGUACUACAUAAGUAAAAUCAUUAUUAUUAUUAUUAUUAUUGCAAACCCACCCCCAAUUGCCCAUAGCCAUGCCCAUUUUGUCACCUGCUUCACCCCUGGCAACUACUUGCCUCUGUCACAUCCACUGUGUACUGUAGGCUAUAUGACCCUCACAACUUCCUGCAUUGACAUUAGCAGAUACUGGGGGCUUUGUCUUAGUAAAAUGCUAGGUUAGGUUUACACGUUACGAUUCCUAACCUGGCCUGUGUUCCUCUCCCUCUCUGACAGAAACUGUUGGGUAACUCUCUGCUGAAGCUGGAAGGAGACGACCGACUGGACAUUAACUGUACCCUGCCCCUCACCGACCAAGUACGUGUGCGAGUGUUAGUGCACGUUUAAUGCAGGAUUAUGCUUCACUAUACAUACAGAACCAGGAAACUUACCCAGGGAACUGGGUAAGCAAUUGUUUAAUGAUUUUAAAUGUUACCUAAAGUUUCACAUUGGCUUUCUCUCUCCCCCUCCAUAGAUAGUGUUGGUUGGCUCUGAGGAGGGCCUGUAUGCCCUGAACGUCAUUAAGAACAGCCUGACUCACAUCCCCGGCCUGGCCUCUGUCUUCCAGAUCCAGAUUCUCAAGGAGCAUGACAAGCUGCUCAUAAUUACCGGUCAGUAUUGGGGACAAACUCUGCCUACUAUUAUAGGCUUUAGCUUAGUGAGCUACCGGCAACAUGGUCUUGAGGCUCGCAGGUGACCCAUUUCCAAAACCCGGUAUAUCCGAGUAUCAAACCUGGCUUGCCUGCGGGCCUACAGACUUGUGUUAGCUCCCCGAGCUAAAGCCUGAUAGAAGGCAUGGGCUCUGGGAGCUAAAAUGUGUCUUCAGGUCUAAGAAUUUGUUCUUAGCUGGCUCGCCUGCUUAAAUAAAGCUUAAAUAAACAGGCAAGUUACUCAGCACUUGAGUGUAGUUCACUGAACCAUCUCUGCUACACUACAGCCAUCUUGCAGUUUAGCAGUACUGAGAUUAUGAAUCGUGUUAAUAUAGUGCAAUAACUGUUGAAACUGAUCACAAAUGUGUUAUAUGGGAUGGAGGAUGCAGUUGGUACUGUAUGUGUUUGUUGCUGAUGUCUGUACCAUGUCUGGUCCAGGAGAGGAGCGGGCCCUGUGUCUGGUGGAGAUCAAGAAGGUGAAGCAGUCUCUGUCUCAGUCCCAUCUCCCGGCCCAGCCAGAUCUCAGCCCAUACAUCUUUGAGACCGUCAAGGGAUGCCACCUCUUCUCCUCUGGCAAGGUGAGCCACAAUGUUUUCUGGUAUAAAACUUUGUUUCAAUCAUAGCAAAUGAUUCACGCACCUUUUGAUGAUGCAUUAUGUUGUCGGUUACAUUCCUUGAAACUGUGGACUGAUUACGCCAUAUUUCUGGAGUGAUUGUUGUCCUGACUGUUUUGUUUUUGUCCCUUGUGCAGAUUGAGAAUGCCACGUGUAUCUGUGCCGCCAUGCCCAACAAGAUCACCAUCCUGCGCUACAACGACAGCCUCAAGAAAUUCUGCAUCAAGAAAGAGAUUGAGACGUCAGAGCCCUGCAGCUGUAUCCACUUCACAGGCUACAGCAUCAUCAUCGGCACCAACAAGUUCUACGAGAUUGAGAUGAAGCAGUAUGUGCUGGAAGGUAGGUCAGCAACUCAUCACACAGGAUACAACAUGAUCAAGGUACACUGUUAUCUCGGGAUAACUAGGGUCAUCAUUAGGCACCGAACGGACUGAAACAGGGAGGGACUUGUCUAGUAAGAAAAGGUUAUUUUAUCUUUGUAUAGUUGGUUGAUUGAUUGGUGUGAGGACCUCUCUCUUGCAGAGUUCCUGGAUAAGAACGAUGUGACGUUGGCCUCGGCCAUCUUUGCGGCCUCCUCCCACAGUUUCCCCAUCUCCAUCAUCCAGGUCACCCAGGCACCGCAGAAAGACGAGUACCUGCUCUGCUUCCACGGUCAGACAUGUUUCAUACACACUUCUAUAGGCCGUGUGUGUGUCUGCCUUUCCGUUACGAAAAUGUGGCGCCGGAUAUUUGACGGGCAGCAUAUUAAUUCAUUUGAGAAAUGUACCGGACCCAUAUGCAUUGGGUGCGUAACCUGCUUAAGGCAUCCACCCACGGUAAUCAGAAUGACAGAAAUCACGUUUAGAUUAUGGUAAUUCAUUUUAACAGAACACAACUCGAGGAUGCAACGGUGUCCUUCUUACCUAAUUCUGAUGUGCACUUUGAAGAUGUUCGAAUAACUGUCCACAUUUCCUCAGCCAACAAGACGAGUAACGAACAGCAAAAGCACUAGCCUAUGUCAAUCUACUAUCCCCCAUAGUAGAAAAGUUGACCUAUUCUAUUGGUCGGCUUGUCGUUCUGUGUGAGAAAUCUAGCUAUAGCCUAUUCAGAAACACUCUGGGACAGUUGUGGGACGAUAGAUCCCAAAAUUCAUCCAACCAGUAGGCCUAGACUCUAUAAAACAACUACUGAAAAAGCAAAGAGGCUGAUCCAACUGAUCAGAAUGUUUAGUGUAAAAUGUUGAUGAACUAUUAUUACUUCACAUUAUAAACGUACCAAUGUGCACAAGGCAGUAGACUAUGUACAAAUGUUUGUUCUAUAAUGAAAUUAGCGGGAAAACACUGUCAAAAGUGCACUGCACAUGCCAGCGGUUUCAUGUGAUAGAUAUUAAAAUAUCCGUUAGCAAUUUAGAAAGAGUGGAGAUCUAAAAAUGCAAAAACUAGUAUGGGUUGCUAAAAUGACUAGGAUUGUGCCUUUGGCUACUAGACAAUGAAAGAAAGUUGAUUUGAAAACCAAUACAACAUGAGAGAAAUAGGCUACUGGUUUCAAUGGAAUAUGGAAGUCUUUAUAAAAUAAUUGCCUCCACGUUUUAUGGUGGGAUUUUGGCUAGGCUACUUUGAAGCAAGGUAAGACAUGCCUCAUAAUAUGAAGUAAAACGUUCAGGUUUAAAAAAAAUUAAGUAUGUUUUCAAAUGCAUACUGCCUCCAGCUCAUUGCAAAGUGGUGUGUGAUGUGCGGAAGCCUCCUAUGCACUUGAAUGGCGAAUGGGAAGCGCGCUUCAAUUACCGGUUGAGAAAAAAAAAAAAUAGUAGCUGUUUUUAAUUGUGGCCAUCAAAACUGUUUUUAACACGCGAUUGCAUUCAGAAUUGUUGUGCAAUGAUUGGGUUUACACUAUAAAAGCAGCAUAAUUACAUAAUUCACUCCAGAGGCAAAUGAACUAGCUGUUUGAGGAGCUGUAGCAGCAGCUCUCCUGCUGUCUGACAGAUCUUCCGCUCAAGCUAGGCUCUGUAUCUGUAUGCUAUGCGUGUGUGAUAAUAUACAUAAAGACUAACGAAAACACACGCUAAUUUAAUUCCACUAUAUUAUGCAAAUUAACCGAUAAGCAUGUCCGGUCAAAUGUAUUUCGAUCGACUGGUAUUUCCAACAAUGAAUAGGCGAAAAAGCAUUAUUUUGCAAUGAGAUUGUUUUUGUUCUUGGACAAUUUGCCAGCGUCCCCAAAAAAUGAGCGGCCAAAAUCCGGUUAUUACCGGCUAACGGAAACCCUGGUGCGUGUGCAUGAGAGAUGGUGUGUGUGAGAGAGGGAGAGUGCCUAUGCUGUCUUUAUGAUUAUGGAAUGACUGAGUAGUGUAGCCAUGCUGUGAUGAUUGUUAGAAAUGUCCAUGAUAUUAAUUUCCACCUAGUUUGCAAUGCAUACCAGCAUUAUCACUUAUUUCUAUUGUGAUGAUUCCCUCUCCAGAGUUUGGGGUGUUUGUGGACGCAUACGGCCGCAGGAGUCGAAGUGAGGACAUCAAAUGGAGCCGUCUGCCUCUCUCAUUUUGUAAGUCAAAAUCAUUUUACAUCUGAAACUAUCAUCUCAGAGUGAUCCUAACAAAAGGAUUGAAGAAUUGCCAUCUAGAAAAGUGUCAUAAUAAGACAUAAGGGGUUUAUAAUAUAGUGCUCCUCUCCAUUUCAGCCUACAGAGAACCCUACCUGUUUGUGACCUAUUUCAACUCGUUGGAUGUGAUCGAGGUCCAGGGCCACUCUGCUCUAGGGUAAGACCACCUCAAUGAUCUUUUACUUAACUGCAACCCUGAGCUAGGUAGCAUAACAUUGUAAGAAAUCAAUGGGGGUAUUGUGUCUUGGUCAGGGCCCACUCGUACGCUCACCUGGACAUCCCCAACCCGCGCUACCUGGGCCCAGCCAUCUCCUCCGGAGCCAUUUACCUGGCAUCGUCCUACCAGAACAAGCUCCGUGUCAUCUGCUGUAAGGGCAACCUGGGACAGGAGGGGGAGCUGCAGAGGAAUGGCUCUGGACGCAGGUACGUUAAUAUGGAUCUUUUUUUUUCUCUCUCUUUCUUUCGUUCAGUGUCUCACUUAUUCUCUCUCUUUCUCAUUCAUUCGACUUGGGUAUGCAUGGAUAGAGGUACAUGAUGUAUCUCUGUGUAUGCAUGUCCAUCAAGUUUUUUUUUUUUGUGGUGGUACAAUGGAAUUCUGGGAUUUGGAGCAACAAUGGGGAUUCUUCAUUCUGUCACUGCACCUUCUGUUGGCUGAGCUGGUUAGUAGAGGCAGGAUUGGGCCGGUCAUGGUUACAGUAUGACUUCAGAAUUACUUCCCUUCUCUCUGAUUUCGCCCAUUGUUUAAAUUCCACCAGGAAUCACUGAAGUGCACGGUGAUGGUGUGGAGCUUUUCACAGGUGGCACACUUGCAGCAUGAGUUGACAUACAGGUGACAUAGAGUGGCAGGUAGGCAUACAGGUGGCAUAGGUUGGCAUACCGUUGACAUAGGUUGGCAUACAGUUGACAUAGGUUGGCAUACAGUUGAUAUAGGUUAGCAUACAUAACUGGUGAUCUAUCUGGUGAUGGUGUUCUUCCAUCUGAUACACCAUGCAUCUCUGAGACCUGGAUUAAUGCUAGCGUCUAUUCUUUGCAGGAGGAAGAUUUCAUUUUUUAUUUGUAACAAAGCCUAAGUAAGGCAAUUUUUAUUCAAAAUGGCUCCUGUGUGGUGUUAUAAUACAAUAUAUGAAAUAAAGUAUGGUUACUUCUUGUAUUUUCUGGGACUUCCUAUAUCAACCAAUCAAGCACCUGCAUUAAUGUACAUAAUAAUGCAGUGACUGUGUGUUUAGAGUUAGCUGAUUUGACCAUCCUGCCAUAUAGUGCUUUUGAUGUUAGCUAUGGGUUUCAUGAUGUUUAAAGAACAGUAGAGAGGGUUCAUUGCUAUUUUUCCUCAUCUUCAUCAAAAAUACUGUACAAAGACAGAAUUUGAAAAAGCCAUCCAAAAUGUCAUUUGUCAACCCUCAUUCAGCCGUUAUCCAUACAUCGAAAAGUGUUGUACUCUCUCUGUGUAAUUUAGGGCUGAGAAAUGGGUGUUGAUUAUAACGCUAAAUAAAGUGUAGGUGUGCCACCUCUGUGCACAUCAUGGAUGUUUGUUUGUUCAAGUGCUAGGAAAAAGACCAGCUACAAUUCUCAUAUAAUUGAUUCCAUAAUCCUCUGUACUAUAGAAUUGGAAAUUUGACUUCUGGAGGUAACAUGGUGACGAUAUGACGAAAUGUCUUUAGCUCUCCUAUCCAUCGGUGGAAACAAAUGUGCAGUCAACCAUAUCUCAUUUUUCUCCGUUGUCUCCUGUGACAGAAUGUGGCUAACACAUUACCUGUCUGCAUUAUCUAUAGGGAUUUUAAUGAGAAUUGCUUUCUCCAUAUCCAAAGCCAUUGCUUGCUGCAGUCAUGAUUUUAUUUUACAUAGCUAUUGAGAGGAUUACAGUAGCCAUAGUUAUGAUUGACAUUAGCUUAAUAUGCAUUUACACUGACAUUAAGAACACCUGCUCUUUCCAUGACCUAGACUGACUAGGUGAAUCCAGGUGAAAGCUAUGAUCCCUUAUUGAUGUCUGUGUAGAUGAAGGGGAGGAGACAAGUUAAAGAAGGAUUUUAAGCCUUGAGACAAUUGAGACAUGGAAUGUGUAUGUGUGCCAUUCAGAGGGUGAAUGGGCAAGACAAAAUACUGAAGUGCCUUUGAAUGGGGUAUGGUAGUAGGUGCCAGGCGCAACAGUUUCCCAUGUGUAUCAAGAAUGGUCCACCACCCAAAGGACAUCCAGCCAACUUGACACAACUGUGGGAAGCAUUGGAGUCAACAUGGGCCAGCAUCCCUGUGGAAUGCUUUCGACACCUUGUAGAGUCCAUGCCCCGACGAAUUGAGGCUGUUCUGAGGGCAAAAGAGGGGGGGUGGUGCAACUCAAUAUUAGGAAGGUCUUCCUUAUGUUUGGUAUAUUCAGUGUAUAUUUAAUUGACCACUUUUUUACCAAGAUCACUUCUUCAAGCUGGAUGCAUAAGUUGCUUUUCCAUGGUUCUUGUUCAUACAUAUACUUCCCCUCCCAUGACCCCAGCAGUACACUAUGCAAUGCUUUCUUGACACCAUCUCUGAUGGUCUAACAAAAUGUUGACCCUGUGAUCUUUGUCAUGUGGUCCCCUGCCCUCUCCAUCUCAACAAUGGGCCUCUCCACCCCCUCUCCGUCCGCAGCCCCAACAAGCGUGGGCCGCCCUCCUACAACGAGCACAUCACCAAGCGCCUGGCGGCCAGCCCCGCGUUGCACAGUGACCCGGGCACACCGCGCCACUACCGUGAGGCCCGCACCGAGUUCCGCCGCGAUAAGUCGCCCGGCCGUCCGCCACACUCGGUGGAGAGGGAGAAGUCUCCCAGUGGCAGGAUGAUGAUGGACCCCCGUCUGGCCAGGUCUCCAGGAAGGGCCAUGGGGGGGGACUCACGCCUCGACCGCUCCCCAGGGAAGCUGAUGGACCGGGACGUGAGGAGGGAGAGGUCGCCCAGCCGGGGGUUCGAGGAGCAGCAACCUGGAGUUCGUCAGAGACUCCAUACCAGCUCCGGUCGCACGCCCCUCACCACGGUCAACAAGGUGAGAAAGUAGACUAUAUACAGAAUGCUUCCCAAAUGGCCCCAGAGCCCUAUGUACUUCCCUUGCCCGCAUUACAGGACAUAACAUGAGUGGUAUUGGGUGACUUGUGAACACUUCCCUAUUUAGUGCAGUACUUUUGAUCAAAGCCCUAUGGUCCCAUGCUCUGUCUUUUUUAAUAUGGCGUCAUUUUGAUAGUUUCUAUGGAUAUGCUGAUUUACUUAAAAUGUAUUUUUUAAUAAGACUUUCCUAUUCCAGUGAUAAAUCUACUCUGCUGAUGGAGCCUUAAUGAUAUUGUUACAAAACCAAUAACUAGUCAACGGAUAUUGUUACACUCGUUAUGUCUAGGGGUCUUAGGCCUAUUUAACUGGUCUGGAACCUGAAUGUAAUCAGCGUAUGCGCCUAGUUGUUGAAUGUACAGCUCUGUCUCUCUCGACCUCUUAGUCGGCCAGGCCAAGCGGAUUAUUAUUUGUUCCGAUGGUGACGAAACAUAAAUAUGCAAACAGGCAUGCCCAAACAAGAUUCAAAACCAAACGAAUGGCCUCAUUGCCACCAAACCAACCAGCAGCCUCACGGCUCUCCAAGCUGGCACUCUGUCUGAUCACCUUAAUUGGCAGCACCUGAUGUGCUUAUCAGCCAAGCUCAGCACCUGGACAAGAUUGCUGCUGCCCCCUGAGGGAAUGGAGUGUGGAAGUGUAUCCUGGAUAGUGUGUUUUCCUAUGUCCUAACACUAACGUUCACAUUAUAUCAUAACAAUAUCAAGUAAUUUAAGUUCCUCUGCCUAACUUCUGUGUUGGUGCCCUAUCACUUGACCCUAUUUGUCUCUGAUCUUUCUGUACAGGUGUGGGAUCAGUCAUCUGUUUGAGUGACAGCAGUGCUACAUCAAUCAGAAGAGUGACAUCCCCAGCACAGCACAUCACAUGACUCAAUUCUUAGCAGGGUUAGGGAAGAGGAGCGGGGUCAUAAUACUGCAUCACCUAGAGAGCCCAAUAGGAAAAGCAGCUAAAGCAUUGAAGACUCACUGUCAGUGCUGA